UUUAUUUUAUUUUAUUUUUUUGCCCUUUUGGAUUUUGAGUUGGAGAUUUUGAAAGUGAGUUUAUUUAGUUCUUUUUAAAUAAAUCAUCUUUGGCUCUGCACAUGGGUCCUUCCCCUUUUUUUAUGUUUCAACAUGAAAAUCGUGACACAACCAUAUAUAACCAACAGCAUUAAGAGGCAGCAGCUUCAUGAGGUGUGGGAAGCAGUGCUGCCUGAGAGUCUGAAUUCAGGGCAAACUAAUCACUAUCUUCAGGGCUUCACCCACAGGUUUGACUGCUGACUGAAGUCACACAUGCAGUUUGGAAUUGGAUCCACCCACCUUUUCUGAAAGUGCCGUGGCUACAUCACGGUGCUUCCGGGAACCUUUAAACCCUCAACCAAUGAGGUAAUUCAAGAGGAAUAAGAGAAAAAAGAUUUACAGCAUAACUUUAGCUGCAGACGAUUUUAAUUAAUCACAAAGAUGAUCUGAGAUUGAUCCGCAUCUCUUCCGCCCAUCCCCUCUUGCCAGCUGCCUCCUGUGUUAGUAUGGCCGGGCUGUAGUGGUGAUGCUGCUCCCUGGUGUGUAGAGGAGGAGAGAGAGCGUGUCCGCUGCCCAAUGACAGCGCAGGAUGCUGAGAGAGGCUGCUGGGGUGAAUGGAGGCGACAAGAUGCCGUCCACAUAAGCGAAGACGGAGAGGAAUUAACAUCGAUCAAGGUACAUUUGUGUCUUUUAAAACGAGCUCCAAUCCAUCCGCGUUUCAUUGUAGAAGGAAUGUCAUGUAAAAUCUACGGAGUGUCCUUUCAGGGUUUGGAGCGUUUCGUGAGCGACCCGGCGGUGAAGGUAGUGGAUACGAGCGUGUUUAAUAGAAGGAAAAAAACGCUCGCUCCUCGGUCGGUCGGUGAUUGCAUGGACACAGCCAGUCAAUGAUCGCUUCAUAUGAGCGGAUUUGCGUUUUUAAGUAGAUUGGAAAUGAUAGCGCUGCUCCGUAUUUCAAAAUAAAGGUUGGAGUCGGCUUCCCCACGGCGGGUUAGACCAUUGGAAGUCGACGGACGCCACCACCACGCCGGAGCCAUCGAGAAAUGUAGGCCCAAUGAGCUGUCAAUUGCAUGGUCGUGUUUCCGAUACCCGCAUCAAAUGUAACUCUGUCCGCACACCAGACAUCAAAAAAUCAUCCUUUUAUCGCAAAGACUUCUAUAUCAGCCAAUUGAAAAUGGUAUGAGAAUAUAAGCUAUUUUUUUUCUAUUUUAAGAUAACAAACCAAUUUAGAGAAGAACUAUCGGUGAGCAUUGGCUUCGGGUGGACGCUGGAUCAGGCCAUUUGGAGAUGCACAUUUGCAUUUUCUCAUCCAAUCAGCCAACCAUUGAAUUCAGUGGGAAGCAUGGGGGCGUUAGGGCUCAGUAGUAGAAUGCCUGAUGAGGAAGCUGCAUGUGUUGCACCUCUGAGUGGAUUGGGCCACUUAUUGUCACAGGAAAAUCUCCCUCAUCAACCCACUGUAGAGGCUAUUUAUAGAGAAAAUGAGCCUCUAUGGCUGUUCUUUGACCUUAAAAGCACGCUCUGACUGGCUACGAUCCUUGCUAUUUGACUUGAAGUCUUGGUUAAUACAUUUUUUGUGUCUCAGGAGGGGCACAAUGCCUGAACGCCGGCUUUCAGACUGUCACGUUAGCCUCAUGAAAAAUAGCCUCAGUGUCCCCAUAGAUAAAGUCAGCAUCGCCUCUGGUGAAAUCUGUACAACAACAUCUGUAUCCUCUGCUCUGUUCACGCACUGCUGCACCCAGUGAUCAUCUCUUAAGUGCCUGUUCUGGCAUUUACUCUGAGGUUUGCUUGUCCUGAUAACUGUAAUGGUGGACUAAUACCUGAACACCUGGCCAGAGAUGAUUUCAGGUAACAGCAAGUGACAGUGACAGAGGUACUAAAAGCUACAUUAGAUGAAGAUGAGGGAGAAUCUUAAAUGAGGAGAUUAUAAAGUUGUGCUUGGUGUUCUGUACUGAAUAUGUAAUUUCAAAUGCACAAACCUCUGUUGAUCUAAUGAGACUCAAGUGUAUCCUUCAGUUUUUGUAAAGUUAACUGAAUGUGGGGGAGGGGAGGAGGAUUAUAAUUGGCCCUCUCAGCUGGCAUCCCUCCUGAUGCUCCAAUAAUAUCACAUGAGCUUCCCUUAGUGGAGUUUGGUCAUUUUUGAACUGGUGUGAGGAAAUCUGUGAAUGUAAAAAACAAAGAAGAAGAAAAAUAUUAAAUUUGGGUGGAAAGAAGAAUUAAAAAAACAGAGCACUAGUUUUCAUUGGAGAGCUUCUGCGAGAAAUCACUCCAUCUCUUCUAUAGUGAGUUUCUGCAUUUGCACAGAUAUCUACUUUGAUUUUUAUGAUACAGUUAGUAAAAAGUUGAUGUGUCAUUCUGCAUUUUUUUUCUUCAAAUGCAUUAUUUUGAAACACAAUUACUUAAGUUUUUAUUAAAGGAUUCAAACUGAUAAAUACUGUUUUUUCUAGUAUCUGGCCAAAGUAGACUUGCAGUCUUUUCUUUUUUUUUUUUGUUCCAAGGAUUUAAAUUUUUAAUAUCUUUGGUGUCACAUUUCUUUUUUUCUUUCUUUAUUUCUUUCUUUUCGAUUUAUUUCAACCAAAGUAAUUUCACAAUUUGACAAUAUCAUGGCAAAUCACAAUGUGCCUUAUCCAUUGGUUGGAAGGGAGCAGGAAGAAGUUUCAAGUAGACUUAUCAGUCACUGAGCGAUACUGUGGUCAUACCAUGAAUUAAAAAGACAUUGGUAGAGAACAAAAAAUACAUAAAUGUAAAAGUACUAUCUGAAAACAACAACAGAUAAUUUGGAAAUAUCACAGUCAGACACUCAACACUAUGACUCUUUUCAUCAAUUAAACUCCUCACGCUCAAUAUAAAAUGCAUUAGUGUAUCAGAGUGUCUUUUAUUGGAUUGACAGAAAAGCCAAAACACUUGACAGUGAAAAACAGCAGUACCUGACUGCUGCGGAGAGGUUCAGCGUGUUCAUUUCAUGGGUGAAACUCUCUGUUUUCAGCAUUUCUAUAGCAGUGUCAGUGUUACAUUCAUCCUCAUCAUCACAGUGCCAGAUUUCUCUGUGUAGCCUAUGGAGUCAUGAUUUUGUGGAGUAAUUAUUUCUGGAUUUAAUAAAUAGCUUACACUGAGGGUUGGCAGGAAACACAAGAAGCGAGGGGGAGGACAGGCAGCAAAGAUCCCCAGCUGGGAUCAAAGCAGGGAAGUUUCAGUCACAUGGCACUUAUCCCAAAUCACUGGCCCACCAGCACAUUUGGCAUAAUUUUUGAAACUUUAGCCCACAACACAAAGCAUCCUAUUAUUCUACAUCACAAAGACAGCCACUAAAGUGGAUCACAGUACUUCUUGCUGGGAUGCAGAAGCUUUAAUAAGGAGGUUGACCAACUCAAUUUAUGUACAUUGUUUUCAAGGUAACCUAAUGCAACUAAAGAGGUACAAAGACUUCACAGAGUCACUCCCUGAAUCACCGUUUCAGACAGAAACCUUAAAGAACGCUGACAUGUGACACACUCAGAAAUACUUAGUCAUUACAAGUAGAUCUAACAGACACUGGCUGCAAAACUCAUAUUUCGCAGCACAGCCCAACACUCAGUUGAAACAUUUUCAGUUUCAACCAAAACAUUAUGAGCCUCUGUAGACUGGAUGUACAGGUGGUCAAUUAUAAUUCAUCAUAAGAUGUUUCUGUUGCUUUGUCUGCAGUGCUAAAUGCUGUUUUUUCCCCUUAAUCACUCCAACCAGACUUUGCAGACCUGCUCUAGCAAGCUGACCACCGUAGAUAAGAGCUGAAGUCUUUGUUGUUGCAUAUGUGUGUGUUUGAAUUUAAUCUUAAUUUUCCUCUUGAGGAUAAAAAAAAAAAACAGGAGAGCUGUGUUUUUCCGUGUGUUUACACAUCCUCUCUUCAGGCCUUUUGAACUAAUUCUUGUUGAUUUAUCCUGCCAUGUUGUUUCUGCGAAUUCCCAUCUUGGACAAAAUUUGUUUCAUAUAACUCAAAACAGAAAUGGCUGUCUGACCCUCUCUGCCAGGCUGUGGUGAUUGUCCCUGGCUGAAAUCCCACAAACACAACGCGUCACAGAGUGCAGCUGAGGGUUCCUGUCAACAAACAUCUUACUUGAUUUCAUACAAUGAGGAGACCUGUUGACGCACAGUCUCGUGCCAUGAGAUGUCAUUUCAACCGCCUCUAAAGGGGAAACCCAAAAAUAUCCACAAGGUUAAAAUUUUAGGAUCCUUGGACUUGAAGCCUCUAAGUCACCUUGACACAGCUGCGACAUACAAUACCUAACCUUCAGGGAACUUAUGCUAGCUUAUUUCAGACCACUGAGGUUUUCCUUUCUCUGUUAGGCCAGACAUUGUCACCAUGGCAACUGGGUCUGGCAGCAAGUGUCACUGGAGGAAAAAAAUCUUAAAGUUCACUUUGAUGGAGGUGUUUUUUUUUUCUCCCCUUACAGAUGGUCAAACAAUAUUAAUCACCAAGCAGCCUGUGACAUUCACAGACUCAGCUAAGAGUGUUUGUCCUCCGCUCUUUGUUUGAAAGAGUUUCUUCUACCUCUUUUUACCACAAUUUGAUAACACUGCUGUUAUUAUGCGUCAUCUCAAGCUGAAAUGUAUCACAGAAAGUGCUUUAUCUGUUGAUUUAUUCAGGGUUCCACCGGCAGAACCAUUAUUUCACCAUUAAAAAUUAAAUAUUCCAUAUCCCCUUCUCAUUGUCCGCCAGCAACAUUUUCUUAUGUUUAAAUAAAAAAUUGCUAUGAAAAGAGAUUUUAUUUUUAAACCACGUAUAAAAAUGACAAAUCCUUGUAAAAACAUGAAAUCCGGGUUGCAUCACUGUUAACUGGUUACUUUGUCGUGCAGUUACAUCAAGUUUUUUCUUCUUUAAAAAUUAACUAAGCAACAACCUAAUUCAUAGUAAUUUCUAAACUGUACCUGAUGCUUUUCGCUCACUAAAUAUGAUUUUCUUUCAGCCACUUGGUACGAAUCCAUUGACAACCAUCGGUUUAUCAGUAGAUGAAAGUUAAAUAUCAUGUCCGGUCAGGUAAUCAGUCCAUCGUUUAGUUGUUGCGCCGUGAGGUUGUAGAGCUGUACUGACUCUCCUGCCUCUUUUAGCAGCAGAACAGGGAUGUAGAUAAAUGUUUGCCUGUGGGAAAUCCAGGAUGGUGCUGGGAAAUUCCUUCAGGCCAUUUGAAAUAGGAGCCGAGCACAAUGUGGCAGCUGCUGCUGAUGUUAACUAAUAGAGUCCUUAAGCUAAGUGAACUAUCCGUUCCUCUGUUUGUAGCAUCUUGCAGGCCACCUCUGUUUGUUUUGAACUGCUCAGGUUCUGAGGGAUUUCUAUUUUGUGUUUUAGAAGAGUUCACCUUUCUUUGUGUGCCUUUCAUCUGACAAAGUGGUUCUUCGUCUAACAGUUGUGUCUCUCCUGUUUCCUCAGAUCUGACUUUGAUGUACUCACCCUAUUAAGGCAUGAAAUAAGUCACCCAUGUUCGGUUCAGAGAGUAAGAGCAGCCUCAUUUCAGCGUGCUCCCGUUAAGGACCCUCUGGUGGCUACACCGCUGACUCACAGGACAUGUACGGCAGUGCCAGAGCUGUAGGCCAUAUAGAGAGCAGCCCCGCACGGUCCCCGCGCCUGCCAAGGUCCCCCAGAUUGGGCCAUCGGAGGGCCAACAGCGGGGGCGGGGGUGGUGCGGGGGGCAAGACGCUCUCUAUGGAGAACAUCCAGUCCCUCAACGCUGCCUAUGCCACCUCAGGUCCCAUGUACCUGAGCGACCACGAGGGCGUGGGCUCCACUGCCACCUAUCCAAAAGGCACUAUGACUCUGGGUCGCGCCACCAGCCGGGCCAUGUACGGGGGCCGCGUCACAGCCAUGGGCAGCAGUCCCAACAUCGCUUCAGUGGGGCUGCCUCACCAUGCUGACCUGCUGUCUUACAGUGACCUGGGCUCCCUCUCCAUGCUGCACCACCACCACCACCAGGGGGUGCCCUCCGCCCUGCUGAGGCAGGCGGUGCGGGGCAGUGGGGGGGAGCUGCUGGAGAUGCAGGCCCAGCUCAGGGACAUGCAGAGGGAGAAUGAGCUGCUGCGCAGAGAGCUUGACCUGAAGGACAGUAAGUUGGGAUCUUCCACGAACAGCAUCAAAAGUUUCUGGAGCCCCGAGCUGAAGAAGGAGCGGAUCAUGAGGAAGGAGGAGGCCGCUCGCACAUCUAUCCUGAAGGAGCAGAUGAGAGUCACUCACGAGGAGAACCAGGUAAGACCAGUCUUUCCUCUGUCUUAAUCCACUCUUUACUGCUGUGAAUCCCACCUGUCAGUUGUCACCUUUUUUCUAUCACCAUUCCCUUUUCUGCUGUAGACCGCUGUCAUCCUCAGUCCAAGAACUGCAUUCAUGUGUUUCAGUACUUGUGGAAACCUUUCUGGAAAGAGUUCUUAGCAAACAUUAAUAUUUAACACUCACUCUCCUGCAUGGUGCUCCAGUUCAGAAUCUAUGCCAGAGAGACCACUUGUGCCACUGGAAAUACAAAACCUUUCUUUCUUUCUUAGAUCUAUAAUCAACUCUUUGAAAUCUGAGCCGAGGUGAUGAGAACUGUACCUCGUAUAAAAACCAUCUAACUACCCACAUGUGUGUCAACAAAACCUCUGAGUUUGAUUGUUACCGUAUUCAUUCCAGCCACUCAUUUUUAUUAAGCUGUUAUUAAAGGUUUGAUUAUUUUGGCCCUUGAGUCUGAGAUGUCAGGAGUUUUUUUUCUUUGUGCUUGUCUCAGUGCGGGGGUGCAGACAUGGCCCAGUUCAAUCACUAGCUGACAACAGUAGGCACCAGGCCCAGAGACAAAUGUCAAAGAUGCUUCAACACUUGGUCUGUUGGUCCGUCUCUCUCUCUGCCUUAACUUUCCCGUAGUCCGUCCUUUACACACUGUGACUUUGUGAUCAUCUCACACCGUCUACCUUUGUUCAUUUAGACCUCUCUGUCUUCAAAUAUGCCGGUUUGUCUGACUAAAUCUAGAAAAAUGUCCAUUUGAAAAUAAAACUUUUAUUCAUCAAAUCAUAAAAGCAAAAUUAAGUCGUGUUACAAUUGCCAAACUUCAGUCCCUGUAGAGACUAAAUCACUGUUGCAUCACUCUUUAAGGUUUAUUUGACCACAAACAGUUGCAGCUGACUUUAUAAGACUUUUUGUACCUGACAAGUUUCAGCUACUUUGCCUCUGCAGCCUUCAAAGUAGCUGAAACUUGUCAGGUCCAAAAUCUUUUUUUACCUUUCUGGCCUUUUUAGAUGAACCAUCUUAUAAAUUUAUCACCGACAGGCCGAAUGGACCUCUUUAGUAUAGUUGCAGCUGUCUUUUAGUUAGAUUUUCUUUAUAGAGAGCAUGGUGUCAAGCUCACAUAACUAAUGAUUAGGUUGCAAGGACUAGUGCACAAUACACUGGAGCAUAUUGUGGGAAAAGUCAUCUUAUUUUAUUCCUGUUUUUAAGCCUCACAGCAGUUUGUUUGUCUCAUGAGGCAGACCGUGGCAUGUUGCAGCAGAAUAGCUCGAAACGUUAAGGUUAAGAUUUGCCAGCUGAUUGCGCUCUUUAUUCAAGUGUGUCUGCGUUUUUUUUGUCAGUCUCCUUGAGUGAUGCUGUCGACCACAGAGCAGCCAGUAAGCCAUCCAUUACUCAGAGUGGCAGACAUUGUCACUCUGCCCUACAAGGUCAAAGAAAGAUACCCUUAGUAUUACCUUUUAAAUGAGACCUGCACCUCUGUAUGUUUCCACGCGGUUAGUAUUCACUUUUCUGGACUGAAUUUAUAGGGUUUCCUGCUUACAUACUGUUGAACAGAAGGGUCUCAAAAUCUCUGCCUCACAUCGUAAAGGUUCUUAACCUGCUGGUGAUCCCUAGAGAGGAGCCAGCAGGUACUUUGAUUCUUUAUUUUAACGUCUCAUGUCAGUGUGCAGGGACAGUGUCUGGUAGGACGGUGCGCCGCUGACAGCACCCAAGCCAUUCAUCAUUUCACUCCCUCCUUUUGUUCUGUGCGAUUACAAAUCUCAGUGUGAAUCCUUGUGUGUAUUUUUAGCUCCUUUUCAUACACUGUAGGAACUGAAUUUGUCAGGGAGAAAAUGAAAGCGGUACAGUGUGGGCUUUCAGGCCUUUUUGUUUAGAGAGAAGACUUUCUCUCUCCCAGUCUCGCCCGUGUGGUUUUGUGCGUGCACACUUGCAGGGGGUUGUUUUUGGAGGCCGACUGAGGCGCAAAUUGCCUCAUUAAUAUUGGAGUGAUUUCAGGCCAAUCAUUGCAUCUGUCUUGUAGCGUCGUUUACAGUUGCAUCAGGCGCUUCAGGCCUCAAUUAGCUUAAGCAAAUGUGAUGCAUUAUUUAUUUUAUGAAGAAGAAGUUCGGAGAACUUUGUUCCUCCUUUUUUAUUAUCACAUCUAAAGAGAAGUGCUCAGGCAUUAUAGUCUGUCUUUCAUCUGUUUUGUAAAGCACAGAAUGAACUAAGAAAUACCAACAAUAACCAGCAGGGCUUUGAUAGAGGCAGUCAAAGGUCACGACUUGAGGAGAUGAUUAUUCCAGGAUUGUUUUGUGUGGCACGUUUUUACUAAUGUUUGCAGCCGGCUUAUGCUGUUAAAAAAAGCUAAAUCAUUCGACUUGAAUUCAGCAGAAUAUUCUGCCGUGCCGAAGCCGGACGGGAGCCGCUGGAGGGAAGUGUGUGAGCUAGAGCGUACCAUAUCUGUCUGAGUCAUGACCACUGCUGCUCAGCCAGCCAGUCAGCCCACAUCAAUGCAAUCCCCAAAAUGGAGGCCUGGCCUUCCAUAUGACACAGCUCUGUGUGUUCACGGGCACAGACAGCGCUUCAGACAUAACAUGUUUUCUCCUUUCCUUGCUGUGGGCUGUACGUUGUGGCGCGUCACUGAGAAAAUUAAACCUGUAAAAAAAAAAAAAACUGUGAAAAAAUGUGCAUAUUUUAUGCAGGUGCACGUAACUUUUAAUGUGUGUGUGUGUGUGUGUGUGUGCCUUACAGCCUCUGUUUUGUGCUGUUCACAACUGUGUGUGAGUUUUCUCUUUGUACCUGAACCAGCUGCUUCUGUGUGAAUAGGCUUAGUCAUAAACACUAGACUACAUUCAAUGUGGAAAAGGAAGUCACAUGUUUUUAAUCAGAAUUCAGGAUGUUUGAUGUUGCUGCAGCUGUACACACUGAUCAUGAACAUGAGUAUAUUAUUGCUGCAAUAAAAGGGUAGAAAAACAUGCCUGCAGCUAUCGUAUAUACAUGAUGAGCAAAGAUAUUGAUAUUCUUAUUAAGGUUGUGACAUGGUGGACACAGGAAGUAUCAUAUGAACAGUCACAAAGCACAUGCAUACCCCCCUCAGCUGAGCACGUAAGAUGGCUGCAGCUUCACACAGAGGACAAGAAGGUGAUGAAAGGAGGUUUCGCUCCCUCCUCAGUCCAUCUGAACAGGAUAAGGUGUAAAGCAGAGAAGCAGGAAGGCAUUUACUGAGAGCAAGACUUGUAAGAUUAAGAUGGGAGUGGAGGAUGAGAGAACAAAGUCAAGGGGGAUAAGUCGUUUAACAGCCUGCUGGUGUCUUUUUCUUCACUAAAGCGCAGUUUAAGAUUAGAUCACAGACAACAGGGUGAAAACGUCUAUCUUAACAAGUUAGGUGAGAAUCUAACAAUGAAGAUUUAUUCUCUUUUUGAACCUGGAAAAAAGAUUUUACAACAAACUGUGUUUUUAGUUGCUGCUGGGUCUAAGGGAAUAGAUCACUGAGUGUUGCCUACCAAACUCAUCUUCACUAUCUUAGUUCACCUUCACCAGAACAGAUCAUGUUUUUUGAUAUGUUUUACAACAAGCUGACGAGUUUUGCUGGAAGAAUGAGAAGAAGUGUAUUUUGUAUUACAGUGUGCGUAUUAAGUGUACCUGUAUAUCUCAGCUUAUGCCUGCAGCAUUAAACUCCAUAAUAAACAUAGAUAUUGAAUAUAUAGAUAGUAGAUCAAUUACUGUUAUUGCUCCUUUGCGCCGCAUGGUUAAGUGCUCAGUGGCUCUUGGCUCUCUAAGCAACAGGAUAACCACUUAAACUUUCAUGACCUUAAAGAUGCAGUGUGCAGUAUUUAGCAGAGCGGAUUUGGGAAUCAUAGUAUUCAUUAAUAUGCCCAGAUUAGAACACAAUCAUUUAAAUAUAAAUAUGGUUGCUUUUGUCAACUUCAAAUGAACCUUCUGCCGCUGAGGGUUCCCUUCCAAAAAGGCGUCCAUCUUGCACCACCAUGUUUCAUUAGCAGUACAGAACGGAAAAGCUAGCUACUGUCAGAGGUGUUUUAGUAUCGGUGAGUGGCCAUCCAAAAUACUACUCUGGUAGAGGAAGAGGAAGGGCGCUGUUGUGUGUGGAAGAAUUUGCUGUAUAGUUAUGACCUUUUCCAUCAUAUGAGAUGUGGGUGUUUCUUCUACUCAUGUUCAACUGAAUUCAAGAAGUUCUGUUAAGAUGCUGUCUUUGUCAUUAUGUUGAAUCUUUGUCUGUGUUUACGACCCGACCGUGUUCAGCCAUGUUUUGGUCGACCUGCUGACAAUCCCUCGGUCUAUCUCCAGAGUUUAUUUCCAUCUUGGAUGAACAAUAAAACAAUGUUAUAUUUCUCAAAGAAAAUACUGUUUUCUGAUUCAUUCCUACUUUCAGCACAACUCCUGCGUGCUUUCUAAAUUUACACCGCUUUCACCUCACUUUUAGCUGAGCGUAGAUGAAUAAAUGCCAGUCUGUUUGUUUUUUUUUUCUGUUUUUUUCUCCAUGGCUGUGGGUGUAAUUCUAUACUGUCAGCCAUCACGACGCACAACAGAGAGAUUAGGAAUGUAGUGAGCUGUAGGCUGCUCUGACUCAGUGCUGUUUGCGCUGUCCAUCUGUCAUACAGAAACACCCACUGUCAUCUUAAUGCACACACACAUCACAUGUACAGUACACCACAUAUAAAUCUGCCGGUGCAUUUAUGGCCUGUUUGAAAAAAAAAAAUGCAAACAACCGCCUGGACAUGACAGAGUAAAAUUAGUUUAAUGUAUUAGCUGUUUACAAGUCCCUUUGGCCAAGACUAUUUUAGCCAUGCUAGCAGAGUAGUGAUGGGUCUGCGCAUUGGUGGUAUUAACAUCUGACCCCUUCGAACAAAAACACACCUUUUACUCACUCAGAGAUCCCUCAUGUUGGCUCAGUUUACAGUCAAACAGCUUCUUGUGAUUGUUUUAGGUAGUUGUAUACUAUAAAUUUAUUCAAAACCUCCACAUAGUCACAUAUUUUUGACUUGUAUGUGAGUGGCAUGACAUUUUGAGAUAGAUUAUUAUUGUGGCUCCAAGAAGGGUUUUGUGUUUCUGCCCCAAAGGAUCCCUGACAGGCAGUUACCCCUGAACGCCCUGAGUGUCAGUCACACAGGGGGGGUGCACUGUAGCUAAAUAUCAGGCCUUGACUCUGCAAAACUCUGGGAAGAUGUUUUUCAGGGUAUACUGUAUAUCGAAAGAUGACUUAAAUGUUGGUAGGUUGGCACAAUAGCAGCCUCCUCUGAGUCACGGCUGACUCACUGGAAGUGGUACCAUUCUGAUUUAAGAGUCAGGAGGUUUUAGGGAGGAACAGCCAUAUAGCCAUUUUAACCCACGGUGCAAUUAUGCAAAUAGAAUUAUUGGACUGUCUCCUGUAGUUUAGUUCCAAGUUGUCAGGUUAUUGAUCAGGACAGAGUAAGGAAGCACUGAUGAGGAACAGAGAGGGAGUAAAGUCAGGUGAGAUUAAAAAGAGAAGAAACUCUGAGAAAUUUCUGUCGAAUGGUUUAAAAACUGUUUUGUGAGCCAUAUCACAUCGAUUUAACACAGGCACGGUUCAGAGGAGCAAUAUUUAUGGGGACUUUUCUCCAUAAAAAUGAAAAUGUAAUGAAAACCAGCCUCCAGGUCGCCUAUUGAUUGGCUAGGUCUGAUUAGGUCUGUUUUGCAUUUAUUAUUAAUGUUUGUGAAGACGUGCUUUUAAGUAUUUUCUAUACUUGGUAGCAAACUAUUCUUUCAGGAACGAUCAUGUCACAGGGAGGAUGGAUACAGUUCAUUCAAAAAUGAUCUAGUGUUCAAGUUCAGAUAAGGUAAAAUAUUGUAUUUACAGAGUGAAGAAAGUAUCAGAAAUAAACACUUUUAAAAUGUUUAUAAAUAUAUACAUAAAAAAGGGAGAUGGUGCUAUUGGUAGACAUUAGUAUUGCGCAUUGAUAUUAUUUCACAUUGUUUUUGCAAGGCAAAACAUGGCAAAAAAUAACAUAAAAUUAAUAAAAUAAAGUGAAUCAGCAACAUGCACUGGUCAUAAGAACAAACUAUUGAGGAUAGCGAUGGCAGUCCUGCAGUUGCCAUAAAAUUAAUCAAGUGCUUUUUGCCAAUUCAAACAGUGUCCCCUAGUGGCAGGAAGAGCUCAUGCUUAUUAUGCCUUAACAGUGUGGCAGAAAAGGCUCGAUAAGCCACCAAGUCACGACCCCCUCUGAUGGCAUCAUUGAUGUUUGUGGUUUUUUAUCAUCUGUAUGUAAAUUUAGCACCUUUUUUGAAUGAAAAUAAGACUGUCUACCAAUAACACCUGAAAGCACUCCCACAUAUAUAUUUUAAAAUGUAUAAAAAAUCCCAUCAAGUUGUAGUUAUUUCUUCUAGUGCAUCUCUUUCUCUACGCUGCCCGUUUGUUAUUUUCUGUGUUUGUCUCGAGUCCACUACAGCAAAAAAUCAAAACAGCAGCAGCAUAUCCUCAAUGGUGGACUGUAAUGAAAUAAAUUUACUUGAAUACUCACAAAUUUUUAAAGUAAUUUAAAUACUCAUGCAUUUUAGGAGCAAAUACCCCAUGAAUUAAUCAAGCAAUAAUAUGAUUAUGUUACUUUCACUUGAAUUGGAGUACUCACUUUGAGGAGUGUGUUGUUUGGUGUGUGUUGUUUGGCUCAAGUAAUGAAGUUGUGUACUUUGUCUACUCUAUAUAAUGUCAUGCACUCUUUUCCAAUAUAUGUACUGAUGCACAUGAUACAGAGUCCAUACAACUCAUAGUUCAUUGCAAAAUAAUGCUGAAUCACAGCUUUUAGUUACGUGACCAGCGCAGAGGCCUGGAGGGCAAAACUAGCCUAAAAAAAGCCCUCCAUCGGACACUCUGUGGGGCUGCAGCACAGCCUUGUUACUCAUCCUCGUCAGUAAGAGACACGUGUACAUCACCAGAAAACAGACAUAUGAUAACAAUGUUUGAUUUAGGGUUAUUAAUGACCCUCUCAUACAGAAUCUACUACACUGUUUUCAGUUGCUUGAAACAGCCAAGUCCUGCCAGAAUCCGUCCUCUUACAAAUUUGAGUUUUGCUACAAAAAUUUUGCUUAAGGAGGGAGAGGAAAGCAGCUGUGUGCAAAGAGCAGGGGCGUAUCCUGAGAGGCCGAUCCCAUAGAGGGCUGAUGGGGUCAAUUAAAAUAAGGAAGUUAACAGUAGCUAUCAGGUUUUGAGGUGAGCCAUUUUAAUAAUCUAUUUAGUCCAUUGACAGCAGUAGUUUUUUGGUUUCAGGAUCCUUCAAACUGUGUCUGUUGUUGAUAACAGAAAGAAAAAAUCCAAGCAAAUUCUGCAUAGACUUGGCCAUUGUUGUAUUUAUUAAAGGAUUGCCCCUUGAGAUGUAGCAUCUCAUUUUCAAGGGGGUCCCUAAACAAACAUACAUAGAACUCAGGACGCAUUACAAUACAUUAACAUACAUAACAUACAACAAAUACAGACAUCUUGCUCACCCUACUCCCACACACAACCCCAACUAACAUAAGCCUAACAAAAAAAUAGGCAAAACUUAUUAUCAAGGAUAAAUAUUUUGAACAUAUGCAAAAAAGUAAAGAAAAUAAAUCAGAAACAUGAGCAAUUUGUUUUGAGAUGGGAGUAUAGAUCCAUUCUAAAGUGAUAAAAAGAAGUAACAGAACGCAAAGAGAGUUAGAGGUUAUUCCAAUCUGAAUUAUUGAUUAAUUAUUAUUAUUUAAAAUUAAUGUCCACCAUCAUAUGUACGUAGGGUCCUCUGAUUUAUGUAAUAAAGACAACACAGGCUGAACUUGAGAUUCUGACAGCUUGGGUGUUUUGUUACUCUCUGAUCCCAGUGGUCUCAGUGAUCCCUGGUUUCUCUCUGCCCUUCACCUCGUGUGACCUGCAGUGCCUGACUUGAGGUCUGCAAGAGAGACAGAGAGGUCCAUCUGUAUGUCCCGCCUGUUUAUGCACAGAUUGAGGGGCAGUGUCUUUUAUAUGAAACACAAAACCGUUCAUACCACUGUGUUAAUGUGAUGUUCAGCCGGUUGCUGUGGAUUUCAUUAUGCAUUUUCUUAGUUUUGGUUUGUUACAAAACAUCAUCAUAAGCAUGCAUCUUUUACUGGCAGAUCACCUUUUCGUAACAGGAUAUAAAGGGAAACAUUUCACAGCUGCAACUCACACAGCCAACAAGAAGGUGGUGUGAUAACCAAGCUGGAGCUCCAGAGGUCUCAUUUGCACUUGUUCAGCCAGAUAAGAUUUGAUAGAUAGAUCCAGCAAAAAGGCAAGUCUGGUUUGCCAUUUACUUAACAAGAGUUUGGAGCACAGAUGCUAGAGAUAAAGAAGUAAAACUGCACAUCAUUAGCAUAAAAUGAGAAGAGGCGGUAUGUAUAAAAAACAUGAUCCUUAAUUGUUUACAGAGAUGAGAGAUCUGACCAUGACUUGUAAGAUUGGUCAGUCCAUGUGGUCAAUCAUGUCCCAGGAGAACAAGAAGAGGAGGAAUGACAUCUUCAUCAGCCUUUACAAGGUUGUGGUUAACUAAAGGAGCGAUAUAUCAGUAUCGAGUAACUUCUGGAAACAGAAUUAAAACCUUUAAAACACUGAAAAAAAUGUUGUUUUAAUUUUUGAUUCAAAUUUGUCUGUAGAUUCACUUAAAAAGAAGUGUGUUACUUUUGGACAAAACUCAGUGUGUGCAUGUUUGUGUAUGAUUGUAUUUUAUUUUUAAUCAAACAUUAUUAGUCAUAUUUAAUAAUAUGAUCUAUAGCUUUAAGGUACAGUGAGGCACUUGAUGUUGAGUUUGACGCCCCCCUGUGGACACAGAUUUAGAUCUUGUCACUUCACUUUUCUCACCCAGUCAACCACACGCAAGUUUUUCUGUCAAAAAGAGUCUCAUCCUUAUUCCUUUUUACAGUCAAAUGUUCCACUCUUUGUGAUUGUGUGCGGUGACAAAUGUAAAGAAAGGCUGUUUCGUCAAAGUGCUAUCAUUGACUGGUCUGACAGCUACCCCUUUGCCCCCCAUUGAAUGUUUUUUGUGGGUCAUUAGGGGGCAUUCACCUCGUAUCUCUUUCCAGAAAGGUUCAUAAGCCAGUCAAAUGUCGUCUGUUUGCAUAUUGUGUAUAUAGUAUUCUGACUGAUGGCUAAAGGCAGAUAACCACACAGCUGGCCAGACUGAUUGAUGGCUCUUGUUUGAAAUCUGUGGCUGGUUUGUGUUGAUCAUCCUUCUUUGUUGCCUCAUGCUCUGACGCUCUGUUUUUACCAUACAUUUGUUUUUUCUGUUCAUUCUGCCCAUGCUCUGCAGCUGCUGGAGUCCCGGAGAACUAAGGUUUGUCCCUAUGUUUGCACCGCGUGUUGUGUGCACAACAUAGAGUCACCUGCAGUGUGGCGUGUUAUUUUCAGACACCUUGCACCAUUACAACCUGAACCUGAUAAGAGAAGUGAAUUUUCUCCAGCAGUUCAGCCUUCCUCCUUUGUUGUGAAACCUCUAUCUUUCCCUAAAAAUACUACAGAACUACGCAGAUUGAUAGGUUUGUUCAGUGGUGUGAAUCCAAACGUGUCUGGUGCUCCAUCCCUCUGUAGUACCACAAACCCUGUAAUGUGGAUCUUAUUUCAAUGUAAGAAUAUGUUUCCCUCUCCCUCUGUUCCUGAUUGGGCCGUUUUCUGGAUGUAGAUUGAUUUCCACACUGGGUAUAUCUACUCAAAAGAAAAUUUUCAACAGGCACCACAAAGCCUUCUUCAAUCUGUGACAGAAACUUGGCCCCAAAGUUGACCCCUUUAACCCUGGAACCGAAACACCCACAAAGAAUAAGAGAUUAUGGACAGUGAAGUGUUUGUUUUUGUUUUAUUCUGGACACGAAAAAAUCAACAGAUGAUCAAACCUUUAUUCACCACUAUAUAGUGUCUUAGCUCAAAGCAUUCAGUCUUUUUAUACCUGAUGAUCAGUUAUCCUACAGAUCCUUUGUCAGUUAAAUCAGAUUCCAGCUAUGAGAUUUGGAUGACAGCUAAGGUCCUCUAUUUUUAUAACAAAAAGUUAUCAACCUUUAUAAACUGUGCUGACAUUAAGAAGAGCAGUUAUUUGCAGCACAUAUAACAUGUAUAUGAAAGCAGGGAGUCAUAUACCUUGAUAUAUGUUUUAAAAAAACGUGAUUCUUGUUCCAGAAUAAAGAAAAAAGUGAUACUCUGUGUCAGUUCAGGCUGUUGACAGUCUGUUUUUGAUUCAAAAGAUAGCUAAGUGUCGUGUCCCUCAUGUCUGACCUGCAUUUUUCCACAGAAGUGUGGUGACAGCAUUUCAGGAAGGUUGUUUGAUGUCUAAUGUUAUCAUAAAUCACUGUUUCCCUUUGAAUUCAAUAACUGUUGAGUCUGUGUGUGUGUAUUCAUGUGUCAUGUAUCAGCAUCUCCAGAUGACCAUCCAGGCUCUUCAGGACGAACUGCGCACACAGCGAGACCUAAACCACCUGCUGCAGCAGGAGAGCGGGAACCGCUCCGCAUCCGAGCACUUCACAACCAUCGAGCUGACAGAGGAGAACUUCCGUCGACUGCAGGCGGAGCAUGACAGGCAGGCCAAGGAGCUGUUUCUGCUCAGAAAGACCCUGGAGGAGAUGGAGCUGAGGAUCGAGACCCAGAAACAGACGCUAGGUGCUAGGGACGAGUCCAUUAAGAAACUGCUGGAGAUGCUACAGAGCAAAGGGCUGCCCUCAGGGCCGGGUAGAGUGUCAGAGGAGGAGGAGCAGGAGAGGGCGAGGCGCAUCGCUGAGGCAGAGGCUCAGCUGGGACAUCUGGAGGUCAUUCUGGAUCAGAAGGAGAAGGAGAACAUUCACCUAAGAGAGGUACUGUAUAACCCGGCUCAUGUUGACAGAAGUAUGUUAGCUCCACAGUACAAGACAAAACAGACCUGAAAACACAACUGUUACCUAUUUUUGUCACUAGAGGGCAGUGUUGGUAAGCUCAUACUUACAUUUGACCAGAUUGAUUAUGUAAGAGAUCCGUUGUGUUAAACAUUUAACAUGAGUGAUGAUCUUAAGAUGCAUGGUUUAGUAUUUCCAUGUGUUGUAUCUUUUCUCAAAGGAACUGCACAGAAGAAACCAGCUGCAUCAGGAUCCAAGCAAAACCAAGGCCCUGCAGACCAUCAUUGAAAUGAAAGUAAGAGACCCCUCUCACAAAUUACAGCUGGACCCUUUCACAUGCAGCUGCCAUGAUCAUAGGAGAACACAUCCUUUUACUAUACUUCAGAACAACUCUUCAUCAAGUUACCAGUUUUAUUCAUCUUCAGUCAUUCGAAGUCAUGAUGGCUGAUUUGAAGAUUCCUCUGGUGAUGACUAGUCUGACAAUAAGCUCAUGAUGGCUAGUCUGGUUAGUAGCAGAUGUUCAGAGGCUGAUUUUGUAUUCGUGUGUAUUUGAGUCACUGGCACUCGCACAGUGGCAGCAUCUCUAAACAGAGGCCCACGCUGUCUCUGUGUGUGUGUGUUAGUGUGUGUUUGUGUGUCCCUCAGUCUUUUGUUGUCAUUGUGUUCAUGAGCAGCUGAGUCAAUAGGAAACACACUGACACAUCUCGCUAUCUCAUUUGGCAAACACACAGACACACACAGAGACACACACACACACACAGUGUGUCUGCUCAUAAAGCAGUUGUGUAAAUAUCAACAAGAAUCAAUAUUACUGUACAACGUUUUAACUAUCAUGCAAGCCAAAGAGGCGCAACAGCUGGUCACACCAAGAGGCAUCAGCCUGGUGUCAUGACAGGACGUGUCGUAUUUUGUCUUAAAAACAAACUCCUCAGUGUAACAGUUGGUUUGCAAACAGCACAGACUGCACUCUCAUCCUUUAAGCUCAGUUUUGAACAGAUCAACAUUUUUAUUUCAUAUUAACUUUCUUUGAUAGUUUCUGUUUCCUCCACCUACACCAAGCUGAUUUGUCAGAUAUAUGGAGUUUUAUGUUUGUUCACUAACACAGGUUGGUUAUUCAUGAGUGUCAUCUUUUCUUUAAUAAUUCAUAGUAAAUAAUCACUUAAAUAGCCCCCAUCAAUCAUAUAAAUAUUAUCUAAAUAAAGUUUCAUGAACUACUUCAGAUUAGUUGGAGACAAUUAACCAUCUACAGAAAAACUCUGAUCCUAUUGAGAUCAUUUUAAAAUCAGAGUGUAAUUUGAGAACCCCACCCAUCAUGAUUUCAGCAAAUUAAAUUCAACAUCCAUCCAAGAUCUGUUCUUUGAACCUCCUGCAGCUGUGACAUGGAAACAUGCCUGUUCUUAAGUAUGUUCAGAUGAACACAUGCUGUGCAGCCCAACUGUAUAACAUGUGUUGUAUCAUUAUACACGCCAACAUCCUUACUGCAGAGGCAUGACAUCACUUCCUCAAAAUAAAUCAUGACAUCAUCGUUGAGCUGACACAGCCCCUCUUACUCGGCUGGAUCUGCACCGUGCAGGCCUCAGCCUCCGCUGCACGGCAUGGUCAUGUGACUCCUGUGCUCUGGGAUCCUGUUGAUUUGCAUACAGAGCGAGGGAAGACCCGCCUCUCCCUCCGCUUCCUCCUCCCCCUCUCUCCUUUCUCUCCCUUCGCUGUCCUGUGUGUCAGAAGACUCUGCGUUUCUCCCCGCUGCUCUCUCCCUCCGCUGUGUUGAUGCGAGUGCUGAUGGAAGCACGAAUAAUCCUCCCUCACUACCCUACAUCCCUCCCACCCUCUCCUCCUCACUCACCAGAGACAGUGCACAGUAUAUAGCCUGCUGCUGCUGCUGCCAUGGAAACAGGUGUGGUUGUUUAUGACAGUGAGAGGCCAGUAUGCAGGAAGAUAGAUGGAAAUAGAGACACACAGAGACAGGGAAAGCGAGAUAAAGAGCGAGAUUUACUGACCAGGUCGAUGGUUACAUGUGGAUGGAAUAAAUUCUCCCUCCAUUGAAGGUACGAUGUCUUGUGUCUAUUUUAGCAAUGUUAGUCCAUUGAUGUUUGUCUCGUAACACCCAGACUGGGGUGAGAUGCAACCGCACGGCGAGGAGCAUGUACAUGUGCAGCGCUCGUGCGUUGACGUUAACACCUUACAUCCUUCUCUGAUAGUCUAUCAGUCCUCAUUUAGCUCCAUUACCCACGCUCCCCUGCGGAGGGCUAAUACUGACCCAUCUAACAGCCACAAGUUCACAAGUUCAGAGCCACUUGGAGGAGAGGAGGAGGAGGAGAGACACAAAAAGAGAGGAAGAGAGGGAGGAACAAGGUUGCUCCAUGCUCUGCUGGAGAAGGAGAUGGACCAUGGCUAAUCUUAAAGACGUUGUAUUAUUUAUUUAAAAAGCCGUGAAGCUAAAGCUGCACUCACAGUCGCAGUACAGAGACUGGAUUCUGCAUUGAUCUGCAAGCAACUACGCCAAAAGCUACAUCUAGUUACUUUUCUGCCUUCCCCUCUGCACGUUCCUCUGUGGUCCGGGCUGAUCUCUCCGUGCUGGAUGUCUGCUCAAUAUUUCCCAAUGGUGAUUAAUCCUCUGAGCCGCUGCAAGGAGCUGGGUAGACGCUUCUGAUUUCACCGACAGAUACUGCAGUUGCUCUCAGCCACAACAAAGAGUUUCCACUAGUCUUUCUUCUCUUUCCCACUCUCUCUCUAUUUGUCUUUCAGCCUUGUUGUUGUCUGUCCUGGAGUCUUGUCUCUACUUGAGGGUUUUCUCUUUUUUUUUUUUUCUUUUUUUUGAAACGUGCAACUUGUGGACAUGCCAGUCAGGGUUUUGAGGUGUGUCUCCUCUGCAUGUUUGUGUGCAGGACACCAAAAUUGCCUCUCUGGAGCGCAACAUUCGAGAUCUGGAGGAUGAGAUCCAAAUGCUGAAGGCGAACGGCUUACUGAACACAGAGGACAGAGAGGAGGAGAUCAAACAGAUGGAGGUCUACAAGAACCACUCUAAGUUUAUGAAGACAAAGGUAGAUACUCUUGGCUCUGUGCAUGCUCCCGUAAGAAAGAUCCUGUCAAAAAUAUAGUGGAAAAAACACAAAGGAUUGAGUUUUUCGGAGUCCAGAUAGACCUGUACGGAGGGGAGAGAACACGUAAUAAAGCCGAGUGUCGCUCAGAUUAGCUGCAUUAGCAUUUAGUGUCAUCAGCAAAGUGUCCUGUUGGCAACAAUUUGAGAGUCGCUUCCCUCUGAGACGAGCUUAGUGCCACGAUUGGUCAAAUAAAAACGCAAAAUCAGCACCUGCAUGCUGUGGAAUGAUAAAACACUCAAAGUUUUUGUCCAGUAUAGCGCCUCGUGAAAUUGGAAAAUUGAAAAAUCCAGAGUGAUAGACUCCCCCUGUUUUAGUUUUCAGACCAGUCAGUGUUUUGAUCAGCCCACGCUCCAUGACUACAUGAUUUUUUUGUGUUUUUCUGGCUGCUGCAUGUUAGUAGUUACAGCAUACAACACCUACAUGAAAUCUGCAAUCACAUCCAAGUGUGUGUGUCUGCCACUCUCUCGGGCUCAUGUGUCUCUUCAGAGCUCAGACACUGUGUUUACAUUCUGCUUGUUACAUUAGUCAGCCGGGCACAGAGCAGCUACAGUUUUGUUUUUUUUCUAUUUUUAGACCUCUUUUCAUCAAUCAUGUAUAGAGAUGAUGUAUAAUACAUGACAAAUGCAGGGGAGUCAGUCCCAAAUGCAUAUUUAAUGAGAGAAAAGCGUGUUGAUGAAAAUAGUACAAAAGCUGUGCUAACUAGAUCGCUGUUUGGUAAAAAAGAUUCCCCUCACACACUCGCACACAUGUAUGUACACACUCACUCAGGCACAUGCUACGAUGGUGAAACAUAUACCGCUGAUGUGAUUGGUUGUUCUCGUCACGUGUUUCGUGUGUGUGUGUGCAGAUUGACCAGCUGAAGCAGGAGUUGUCAAAAAAGGAGUCGGAGCUGCUCGCUCUACAGACAAAACUCGAGACCCUCAACAAUCAGAACUCCGACUGCAAACAGCAUAUUGAGGUGCUCAAAGAGUCUCUCACUGCCAAAGAGCAACGUGCUGCCAUUCUGCAAACAGAGGUAAUGAAAGAUGUUUUCAUUUGUUUGUACACGUACAGUAAAUCAAGCAGAGCAUAUGCCGCCUUAAAGGGAGUUUCAAAUAAGUAAAUCAUAGGCUCACCCAGGGCCCGGGGCUUAUAAAUGUACUUUAAAUAAACAUACUUUAUUUAUUUUAGGACUUUAACUGAGCUGUGACUCCAAGAACUGGUACAACACAGCGGACUGUCAGAGCACAUGAAAUAAACAUCAUAGACACUGAGAGUCGCACUGGUAAAUACACGACUGUGGGGGAAUUACGCUCAUUUUAACGCACUAGCUGAAAGUCUUUCUGAAUAGGCAAACAACUUAAUAUCAGGUUAGCGCACUUAUUAUUUUGCAGUUGCGUGGAGACUCACUGAAAGGCCUUCACCAGCAGUUGCAAGGGCAUCGCCAGUAUUUGUUCUUUUAAAUGAUUUAAGCACAAGUCCACGUCAUUCGUGCUCGCUCCAGUUUUCUUUCAACUUCCCUGCAGCUGUUUUUUUAAUAAUAUAAUAACUUUCUGUAAGGAUGCCUAGCCCAUGUUCACCCUUUAAAGAAUGGAAGGUCCACACAAAUGAUCAUUUUGACAAGCUUUACUGGGUGCAGAUCUGGGUUACAACUUCAUCAUGCCACAAGCGUAACAAAGACUCAUCUGAGACUGUUCAAGUAUAUAUAACCAUCCAUGUUUCAAAACAUUCUGCUUGCAUCUUGUUGACUUGAAGGAGAGUCCAUGUAGGGGAAUAACAAAGCACAACAUAUUUUGGGAGCCUGAAUGAUGUUGAACAUGGGUACAAGGUCCUUGUUGAGGAUGGUUGUUAUAGAAGUCCAUGGCUCCAGAAAUCUAGCACCAAAGUAUCCGAGGUAUUUGAGUGAAACAGCUCCACCACCCUUAAGGAUGACAUGACUGGCUAAAGAAAAUCACCCUAUCACUUUAUUUAUUUUCGUCGCACUUUUAAAAACAGAAGUUUACUAAGUGCUUGGACAAACAUUCGUAAAGCACAGAGCAUCAGCACAUGGAAAUAAAACAAAAGCUCAGUUAAAACGAGGCCUUGGAGUUGAAGGCCAGUUUCAUUUGUCAUAAGGAACUCAGAAAAUACAAGAACCCUACAACAUAAAAUGAGACCAUGAGGACCAAAAUAAAAACAUAAAAUAGGUUAGAAAAAGAAAUAUUAUAACAAAGGGGGUUGAAAGCAGGAAACAGGAUAGUAAAUAUCAAAGAUGAUAAUGAAAUAACAAAAUAAUAAUAGUGAUGAUAUAAUAGAAUAACACAAAUGAGCAAGAAAAAACAAUAAAAUUAAUAUAAGGCCUAAAGGGUUAAAUAAGAACCAAAAGCUAAAAAGACCCUAAGUUGAAAUAAGAUCGAGGUUUUGGCUGUUUUGUGUUUUUCAGGUUGAUGCUCUACGUCUGCGUCUGGAGGAGAAGGAGUCCUUCCUGAACAAGAAAACCAAGCAGCUGCAGGACCUGACGGAGGAGAAGGGCACUCUUGCAGGAGAAAUCAGGGACAUGAAAGAUAUGCUGGAGGUCAAAGAGAGGAAAAUCAAUGUCCUGCAGAAAAAGGUGAUUUUAGGAUGUUGAACAGAGGAGUUGAAGUUGGAAGAGAGGGGAAUGUCUAAAAAUGUCUAAAAGCAGGUGGAUGAGGAAAAGUGUUAACCUAUGUUAUACCUAUGUUUACCCAUGUUAUUUGAAAUUUGACAUGUACAGCGUGGAUUUGGGUGAAUUUUUCAGUCAAGUUCAGGUGUCCUCGACUUAAACAGACACUGUGUGGAAAAAUAUAGUGUGAUGACUCUCUGUUAGGAUUAAAAGUCUCUGUUGCUCUCAGGGGGGAAAGUGUCCAAAGACAGAUAAGCUAGAAGAAACUCUAAAUGUUCAUAGUAUCACUUUCUCUCUCUUUCUCUGACCUGCUCACCUAUUCUCUUUGCAUUUUCACUCCUCUUUUGUUCCAUCACACCUCCUCUCUGUUGUCGCUUCACUUUCAACUUUCUCUUUGACAUCUUUAGAGACUACUGCAUCUUUGUUUUAUGCUGAUGUGGUUAUCUGGUCGUGUCUGUCUGUCGGUUUUGUUGAUUAUACUCUGUAGUCAUCUAAAUCAGGACUCACAUUUUCCUGUCUCUAGAUGUACGUCAUCCGCACAAUUCCUCUCCUUUCACAGUUGGCAGCUUUAUUUUUAUUUAACUCCAUUCAGCUUCUCAAAUUCCUCUGAAAUCUCUGUCAGUUUUGAUGUAUUUCUUCCUGGAGAGGAAAACGCUCAGUUGUAAAGCCUCAGCACAUUUCAAACUUUAAACAUGACGGGGGUCUGCAGAGGGAAUUAUACUUCAAAGACUUUUGUAAUCUCAAAGUCCAGCCAUUGCACCAACUUCAAAUUCUGCUCUGGUUUCGAGAUCAUGAUGUUUACUUCUGCGUCUGUGCGUCUCCUCCCUUCCUGUCAGAUCGAGAACCUACAGGAGCAGCUGCGGGACAAAGACAAGCAGCUGGGGAACCUAAAGGAUAGGGUGAAGUCUCUGCAGACGGACUCCAGUAACACAGACACUGCCCUGGCCACCCUGGAGGAGGCGCUGUCAGAGAAGGUAAGCUGGAGCAAUGACGAAUUAGGAUUCAUACUCACAUUUUGGGUGUGAUCAGCUGCAGUUUUUCUACAAAUCUUGAGAUGACUUAAAUUUCAGCAUGCAGCAGAUGUCUGUGCCGCUCACAUGAAUCAGAUGGUAUCCUCGGAAUUCUUAUUAGAGGUUAAAUCUGCAGUUUCAAGGGGUCAAAAAUGUUCUUUUUACUCAUGGUUGGUUUGUGCCUAAAGAUGCUUCGUCAAUUUGAAUGAAAAAACCAAGAAAUGAUGUGGAACUUGGUGAAACUGGUGCUUGCUCCCAUCAUUUUUAAAGAGCAGACAGCACAUGAAUGAAACAAACUUGUUAACUUAAACAGGAUUUUCAUCACUGCAGAAAAACAACAAUCCUGACUACAUCAAUAAAUCAAUCUUAGAGUCUCUACACAAACUAACAAGCCUAACAUAGUAGGCAGAGACACUAAUGCAGGCUAACUAGUGCAAAUUCAUGAACAUUAUUAGAUAUUUACUCUAAAAAAAAGACUUUUGGGGGGAAUUUUAGUUCAUUAAACCACACAGUAAAAAGAAAAGCACCAGCGAAACACAUUUAAUGAUAAACCAUAAAAUAAAACAUGGCUGAAGUUAUAAAAGUUAAGUAGCUCAAAUAUUUUCUUGAAAGGGAAAAUUACCUAGAGAGACCGAAACCAUUUUACCAAGGCUGUAAAUUUGUGUAGUUGUACUUAAAAUCUCAAGUGGCGUUGUGAACACUUCUGUGGUUUUCAUUUUUUCUGCAAAAGUUACUGCCUGGACUUCAAGUUAAUACCAGUGGCAAAGUUACCAGCAGAGACUCCAGGGAUGAAUGCCUCUUUCACAAGAAAUAUCCCAACACGUUGCUCCGAGGAGCUGGUGAAUUGUAGUUUUUACAUUCCUUCAGGUGAUAUUUACUCAGGGUGACCAUACGUCCUCUUUCACCCGGACAUGUACAUUGGGGACUGUCUGGCCUUGUUCAGCUUUGUCCGGCGAAGUUUAUAAAAUCCUUUAAAUGUCCGUCGUUUUGUAUGGAAGUUUUGAGUUUGUGUCACGUGGACUUACUGAUUCAGAAGAGUUUAAAAGACACCUGAAAAACUCUCAAAAUUAACUUUGUGUGACUCCGUAACUCCACCCCUACAUAGUCGUGUCCUCUUUUUGGGGAUUCAGAAUAUGGUCACCUUAAUUUAAUGUGUUAUUGGCGGUGCUUUAGCAAAUAGUGUCAAAGUGGCUUUUUUUUUACCCUUUGGAGAGAGACAAACUUGUAUAUGCUUGAUCGAAUUAGCCAGCUUUUGACUGUAGUGUCAUGCAGACAGGGAGUCAUCUUCUCAUCCUACCCCCACAGUGAGAGCUGACAAGUGCACAUCUCCAACAUCCUUUUGAGCUCAAGAUAAAAGUUUGCAUAGUUUGAUACCACUUGAAAGCUUACUUUGAAACGUGUCCUUGUUAAUAAUUGUUGGUAAUAAUUGUUUGGUUUUCCCCUUCAACCAUUUUUGCAUUUUACUUUAUGUAUUUCAGUUGUAAUUAACACAUUCAAUGUUAUUAAAUCAAUCCUAUUUUGAAAUACAUAAAAAAGUUGUUUGAAAGUCUGUUUGUUUGAAAGUCUUUGUUAAACCUUUUAAGUUUCUAAACUGGCGAUUCAGAGAGGUCUUCAGCUUAAUUCUCUUAAUCCUGUUUGUUUGUUUGUGUGUUUGUCAGGAGAGGAUUAUUGAACGUUUAAAGGACCAAAGAGAAAGGGAGGACAGAGAACGUCUGGAAGAAGUGGAUUUAUAUAAAAAGGAGAACAAGGAUCUGAAGGAGAAGGUCAACAGCCUGCAGAUCGAACUAACAGAGAAAGAGGUCAGCAAAAAAAAAUGGUUAUUUUCCCGAAAACUUGACGCCUUUUUUAUAACUUCUAAGCUUUUGUGCCGUCUGUUCACCUGCAGUCCAGUCUCAUCGACUUGAAGGAACACGCUUCAUCUCUGGCAUCUUCUGGUCUGAAGAAAGAUUCAAAGCUGAAGUCACUGGAGAUCGCUAUCGAGCAGAAAAAGGAGGAGUGUAGUAAGUUGGAGACACAGUUACAGAAGGUGAGUGUCGCUCAGCAGAGCAGAGUCUGUCAUUUGUAUUCAUAUGUAUGGACAGUAUAUUUGGGCUCAUGUGUUUGUCUGGUUGAAGUUUUCGAAAGCUUACUAAACUGCGCUUCGAAUUUAGAUGUUUUAUCAGUGUGAAGUUUAUCAGAUGAAGUACCCACAACAAACUCACCGACCGUAGAGACUUAACCAAAGUCUGUUGAUAGUUUUAACACCACAGUUAGUACUUCUCUCUGCAGGUGUGUUUCGUUCUGCAGGUAUCAACAGUUUAGCUAAACCUGGUAUGAAGUUCUGUCUAAAAGUGUUGGUGCAAGAAAGUUGAAGAGAAAGUGUCAUGACAUAAAAGUUUCCACAGUUCAGAUAAGCCUACAUGAUCCCACAGCAUCCUACCAGGACAAAGUAGCUGCUGGCUGUUUCAGAUUCUGAGCGUUUGUAUUGAAUACCGUGUGAAAUGGUGAGAAGCUCCAGCAGAUACAACAUAAUUGUUUUUUUUUCCAGUCCAUAUUUUCUAGAUCAAGAAGUAACUUUGUGUUAAAUUUCUUAUUUUACAUGGACAGGGCAGCGUCAUCUUUCUCAACCAAAAUAAUAAAAAAAAAAUGUUUCUUUCCACCUUUUAUUAUCACUGUUUUUGAGGAUUUUACAGAUACUUUCAAGAGAUCAAGAGAACAAUAACGAUGUGUUUGAGGGGUAACUGUUUUGGCUUUGGCUGAACUGUGGAGAGCUUUGCUCUGAAUUAAGAGCGUAGAAUGUCCUUCAUUAACUUCACUGGACUGUGGCUAAAAGGCCAAAGCUGAGUGCCCACCCUCAAGUAAGGAAUUAGCUCACUCACGCUUAAAUAGAGAGACUAUUAGGUAGACAGACUUCACAAAUAGUGUAUUGUUGUUGUUCUCAGAGUUUAGAUGAAAGCUGAGUUUGUUGUUUCCUGCUUGUACAUGAAGAUUUUGAAAAGCCGUUGUUUCUCAUCAGACUUCUUUAUUAUCUCUGUGAUCUGGACUGAUAUAUCAGUGUGAAUCUACCCUUUACAGAAAACACAGCUUAUUGGGAUAAUGGCUACCACCAUGUUUUAUGACAGGCCGCUUCAGGGGGCAGUCAGUUCAUUAAAUAUCCUCCUACAUAAUCCACAGAGUCUCCAUAUGUUUGUCCCUCUGCGUCUGUCUGUGAUGUGAUGCCCUUAACCUGUUAUAACAUGUGCUGUCCUGAGACAAUGUUACUGCUCUGUCAAAACAUGCAUUGUAACAUGUCUGAUCCUGCUGUUUUCUCCUCUGGCUCAAACUAAAUCCUGAUAAUUAACUCUCCCGGGUUUCCCCCCCCACAUCCUGACCUCCUCGACCCUACUUCCCUCCUUCAACCCGUCCAUUCGCAAUGUAGCAAGCUGAGCAGCUUUUCAGUCACAUGAACAAUCCUGUAAGUCCCUCUGUUGAGCGCUCUGAGGCACAUAUUGAAAGCAUGAGGACACUGGUUACUUCUUCUGUGUAACAUGCUAAAUGGUGGUCAUGCCAGCCCCACAGCACAGGUUCUGCUUCACCCACCAACCCGCCCAGAUGCAUGUUGGCCAUUGCACUGUAUCGAUAUAAUGAGCUUUAAACUGCACUCAGAGGCAUAAUGCAACUGUUUGUGUUUGUGACAUAUGGUGUAUCUGGUGCUAAUUACAAAAUAUCGUAUUACCUGGUCAGUGGGCUUAUUCCCUAGAUUUAUUUAUUUAUUCGUGACUCUUUUUUUUUCCAUAGUGGCUCUUAAAUUAUUGUUUUCUGUGAUCACUUUGACUCCAGGACUUGUUUUCAUAUACAUGCACAGCAGGUGAAGAAGUACACUUAACAUCAAAAUUUGAGGAUGAGGGUCAAGUCUUGUUUCAUGUCAGUCACGCAAGUAAAUAUGUAGUUAGAAGUUCUUGUUGUGGUUUUAAAGAUUAAAAUGCAUAAAGCAUCAGUCCCUUUGUAAAUGAUGAUCAGACACUGUAUGUAUCAUAGACUGUUUAUACUAUGGCGACUUGGUUCUGCCUUCCGCCUGUAUACGGAUUUGAAGCCAAAAAGCUCUCUGUAUUUCCGCGUUUUUUCUCCACUUCCUGAAACCAAAAUUGCCCAGAAGCAUUGAACGCAUUUGGCGGGAGAGUCGCUGUGAUGACGCUCGGCUCAAACAGCGUAUCCCCAGGGUUAGCAACACAAUCUUCGUACACCCAUAGGCUGUAUCAAGUGUCAAUCAUAGAAAACAUGAACCCCCCUAAUAACUUUUAAAAAUGGAGCUUCUCAGAAAAAAGAGGACUUGAGCACAAACCAGUCUAACAAUAACUACAUGUCAAUAUCGUAAGCAGGGGGAGAAAAAUUAUAUUCUGUGUAAUAAAUUUCUAAAGUUUGUCCACAGCUCCAUAGGGAUUGCUGGAGAAGGCACGAUUAUGACCUAUACUGCAGCCCGUCACCAGAGGGUGCUGUUCACCCAGUGAGAGGCAGACUCUGUCCAUUCUUUAUACAGUCUAUGAACAAAAGUAACAUGACCUGGUUUGGGGUUAGCUUCCACAUAUCUUGUGUUUACACUUUACAGUCUUUACAUCUUGCUUUGAACCGUAUUCAAAGUUAAAAAAAACAUGGUUAGGUUUUAAGUCUGUGGAUUUUUCAUGCUAAAUCCUCGCUGAAAGUAUUUUCAUAUACUUACAUAUGCUUUAGUAGAUCUGAAGUACCUUAGACCAUUGAUAAACAUGCUCUACAAACUUUGCUCCUCAUGCUUCAAAUAUGAAAGUUACUGUUAGCCACCUGAUUGAUUUGGUCCCUCUCGCUUCUGUUUCUCCACUCAUUUGACCGAAAAUCACAGAGACUGUGCAGCUUUGUUGGGUUUGCAUGAAAUUGUCAACCUUGUUGCAUGUUGUCACUGUCGGUGUUGCCACGCUUUUCUUUCGUCUCAGUGUGGUGCAGCAGCCAGCUGAGGUAUCAGCCCAUGGUUGGAGAUCACUGCAGUGUUUUGGUGGUUGAUGCUCUCUUGUUCUGUAAAACUCUUGCACUGUAGCAACUCGUAUUGACAUGUGUGGAUGCAUAUUGUCCGAAGGGAAAUGUGUAACGCUGUAAUGUACUGUGUUGGGAAUAACAAACUGCUUAAAUGAUGGAGAUAUAAGCCACGUUUCCACCAUAAGCACCCAGGACUUUUAGUCCCAGGAACCAAACAACUAAGAGGACCCUUCAGGCAGUUACCUCUAGUUCUGCCGCCGUCUAUAAAGGUGCAUAGAAAAAGCAGAUCAUACAGUUUUCCACCAUUUUUGCUCACAACUUAAUGAAAAAAAUGUAUCGCUACAUUGUAAUGCAAAGCAGAGCCUGAGUGAUACAAAAACACAAACAUGAAGGAGUUUCUAUUCUUGACUCUGUUGCUUGUGGUAACUACUUUGAGUUUGAAGCUGCUGUAGUCAAACUUAUUAAAACCCUACCUUUAUUGUGUUGAUUUGUUGAGCAACAAACAAAAAAUCAGUUCAGUCACAUUUUUUUUAAAUACAAGCCUGACUAAAAUUAAUGCUUAACUAAUCUAGAAUCUCCAGGGCUGACCCACCUUAAAGUCCCACUCCGAUCAUUUUUCUUACUACCUGAAAUGUUCUCAGUGGUCUUUAAAUCGCGUCACCUUUGUCGUUUUCAAAGGCUUUUCUUCUGCAGAGCUCCCGUUGAUCAUUAGCAAUUUGCCUCUGAGUCCUGGGAGGAGACAGCACUGCUCUGCACACUCGUCUUCACGUUUGCUUGCAGCCUAACAUUACCGCUGUAGUAGAAGUGGCAGGUAACAUAUGAUCUAUUCAGCUCUCGGACACUAAUGUCUUUAUGGACACAAUGAAAGCUAAUAUCAUAAUGAGCUUUCUUACGAGCAUUGCAAUCCGCUACCGCACAAGCUUGUUCCGCGAUUGUCCUCUGUAUUUCUUCUCUAUAUGCAGAGUGUGGCCUGCAUAGCAGGGCUCCAGGGGCGGAGCUUAGAUUGGUUACGUAUGAAAUCUCACUGUUUCUGAACCUCCCGAUUGGGUCUGCCAGAGAUUCACAGCGAUUUAAAUGCAGAAAUACUCAGAAAAGCAAAUUCACAUCUAGUUUUCUCAUGUUAUGUCCUGUAGCAUCAGAAAAAUUCCAUAUAAACAUGUAAAAAAACAAGGAAAACCUGAUUUUCAUCAGAGUGGGUCUUUAAAGUUCCUGCAGUCCUAGAAUCUUAUAACCUCCAAACAAGGACUUUUAAGUCCCUGAAUUCAACUUAGACUCAGAUCCUUGUGGAGGGAAAAGUUAUUAAAGGUUCUGGUCCCUGGGAAAAGUUUCUGCGGUGGAAACGUGACUUUGAGUCCAUACUGGCCUAGCAGCAGCAGACAUCUGAACAGCUUGUGUUGUAAAGCCAAUUAGACCGACUCAUGAGUGAAUAAUUUAGUAUGAAUUAUUUGUUACUAUUUUUGGCACUGAGAAGACACACACACUCUCAGAUACACACACACUUACACAAAACACAUAUAGCUCCCUAUACAAAUGUGCAAAGUGAGUCUCUGAAGGCCAUUAAAUGGAGCUAAAUAAUUGCUCCGUUAAAGCUAAUGAGCCAACACAAUUAAUGAUGCCCUUGCCCACAACAUUUACUCUGCAUCAUUCAUUAAGAAAAAGAAAGAGGGAGGAAAGAGAGAGAGAGAGAGAGAGCGUAGUUAGAAGACACUGAUGGACAAAGAUUUUGCCCAUGGUGUGUGUCUCUCUUUUUCUGUAGACAGUGAAACACUGAGCUGUAGUUGUGUUGAUACUAUCAUGUUAACUGAGUGUGUCUUUGGGUGUUUGCAUGUUUGUCUGUUCUGGUCUUUUUCUGGCAUGUUAUUGCAGAAAGCCCACGAGGUGGAGCAGCAAUCUGGCCCCAGAGGAAACCCAGAUUACGUGGACCGUGUGAAGCUGCUGGAGAAGGAGGUGAGCUACUACAAGGAUGAGGCCAACAAGGCGCAGAUGGAGGUGGAGAGACUCCUGGACAUCCUGCGAGAGGUGGAGACAGAAAAGAAUGACAAAGACAAAAAGAUUGCAGAGUUGGAAAGGUAAUUAUCUACGAACUGUGGUGUUGACUAAACGUAUUUAAGUGUUUUCUCCCCCGGUUAAUCAUAUUUAAUAACUCAUUACAUUACAUGAAAAUAUGAAGUUUGUCGUAUGCUCUGUCAGGAAAACUGUGACUAAGGAAACUUUCUUACAUUUUAAUGCAUCUAUAGUUACUGCAUUUCAGCUUUUUUGACGGAAAAGUUUGUGUUACCACUCUGGUCGUUGUUAUUUCUUCCUAAUGGUUUCCUCCAAAUCAGUGCAUAACACUCAGAACCAAGAUACAGAGGGUAAAGCUUUGAUUCAACGAGGACCAAAGAGCAAAAAGUUUUCACGCUUUUGACUCCUGUUCUUUCCACUGUGACAUAUACCUACCAUAUUUGGUCAUAAGAUCUUCUUUUUUUAAGAUAUUGGACUAAAAAGAUUUGAUUUCUUUUCUCUUUCGGAGCCCCUGUGGUCUCCUGUGAUCCCACUGAUAGUUUUUGUUUCAUGUGCUGAAGUAUCUACCUUUAAUUUUCGGCGAAGAUUUCCCUCAAAAUCCCCUGCGUCUCCAGAGAAAGUAUGUAAUUUUUGAAACCCUUGACUUUAAUGUCCUGAACUAACAGUUGGCCAAAACCUUGUAUCUCCAAACCCACUUCUUUUCAGGAAGUAAAAACACCUUUUGUUUUUCACAUAACUUAACACCGCAGGAAACUAAACCACAGCUUUGCUUCUCAUCUGGUCGAUGUUAGAGAGUCUACUGAAAGGCAUAAUGGGUGACAAGAAAGAUACAAGGUUUCUGCCCAACAGUAACGAAAUACACUUCGACCUUUACAGUGGUCCCGGGCGCUACCCGAUCCAUCCCAGAAAACCGAUUUGUACUGUGCAUGUGCGAAACAUACAUCACUUCCUCUCUUUGUAUUUCAGUGCAUUUUACAGCAGUAAGUCGUUAUUAUUGCUACCUACCCGAUCCGUACAGCACAAGUGCAAAAACUUCAUGCAAACUACCGAUCGAUUUCAGAAACCAGCUGGCGAUGUGACAGGCUAGCUCACAGGAGGCUCCAAGGCUAAUGCCGAGGCAUUCGCCAGAGCUCCUGCCCAGAACGGUGAGACCUUUUGGGCAACAGAGAGCGCUGCCACCUGGUCAAAGUUAUGGUUCUCUGACUUUUUAAAGUAACAAGGGGGGAUUUAUUUCAUUUAUUUUCUUAAUUGAAUUUAUUUACAAGAAGCCUACACAUUAUGGACAAUGAAUUUCAGCGUUUUUUUUAACAGCCUUUCAAUUUCAACAAUGAAAUAUUCACAUUCAUUCAAACCUUUUAUAACUGUGUUGCAAUUUUACAAUUAAGAAGCUGUUGAAGGAACCUUUAAUCAUGAAACUGGGCACCAUUCUCUUGACUUUCCGGUGCUCUGCUUCAGUCGGGGGAAGCACUCAGUUCAGGAGAAAAGCGUGUGGCUGGUGAUAAACUGAAGCAUCCACUCUGACUGAAGUGAGCUCGCGUUGAUGGUGAAGCUGUCAAACAAGUGUGGAAGCUGUCGAACAAGUGUCAAAGCUGUCGCAAACCGCAAGAAGGAAAGAAUUGCAGACUGAAAACAGACUCUGUUUUGGACAAAUAUUAUAAGGAUCGUCUAUCGUCUAGAGGACUUAUCUUUUCUCUUACUUCUUACCUGGUAUUUAUUUUCUUAAUGGCGGUAAAACGUCAACGGUAUAUUGUGAAGUGUAAUUAUAAAAAAUAAAAAAAAAUGCUGAUCUGUUGCAAAGAUGGCUACUAGAGGAAGUGACAUAUGUUUCGCACAUGCGCAGUACACAUCGGGUUUCCGGGACGGAUCAGGUAGCGACAGUCACUCCUGUGUUCUUGAGGUGAACUUCCACAGGCCUCUAUGUACAUAAUCUAACAUUUUCCUGUUGUUGUGUAUGAGUGUAUGUCAGAGCAGUUUGCUUCCCUGGAUCAAGUCAUGAGCUCAUAAAAUACACACAGAAAUACACCGACCAUAGUUUUUGCUCCACAUUGAGAUACACCAGAGGCUUUGUAAAUAACUUGUGACACAAUGUUAAAUGUGAUAUUAAAGCACAAAGUGCCACUCAGUCAAGCGCUUAAUGGAAGGGGUCAAACUGAUUUCAGUUAAUGGAGCACAUAAAUAAAGCUGGUGGCCUCAUCAGCUCUUGGCUCACCUCUCAGGGCGGUACAUGGUCCUCUUGAGUCUCCACACUGACAGCAGCUUUUGGAUUAGGUUCCCCUCCAGGAUGAAACCACCUUCAUUCCCCCCCUGCAGAGGAUGAUGGGACACAGACAAAGAUCAGUCAGACUGCAUGAGAGCUAUACAUGAGCACCAAUGACAGCCCUUCUUCUCCAGCAACUUCUCAAGUCCCAGUCCCACCAGUUCUUGUUCAAACAGUUGCAUUUUAUCUUCCCAGCGUAAGAUGAGGGCGUUUUUGUUUCUCUGUCGUGCCAAACUUCCAAGUGGUGUUUGAUUAAUUGAGUCUUCUUGUCCCUUUUUUACCAUCUUUACCCACUUUUUUCUGUCCCGUUCCUCUUUCUAUCUUCUGUGUCACGCCCACCCGUCCCUCUCUUCCCCCUCUGCCAUUGAACACUCUCGACCUCGGUCCCACGCAACUUUUUCUCUGUUGUGCCCCCCCCCUCCCUGACACACCAGCCCCCCUCACUCUCUCCCUCGCCCCACCCCUCGUCCCGGUGGCAGAGCUCCCCCUGACCCGCUCCCUUCUGUGUCUGCUGCUCCCCAGCAGAUAGGGGGCAUGGUGUGGGAUUUCCUGGGAAAGUGAGUGCUCUGCCCUGGCACUUCAGCUCGGCUGCGUGGUUAAAGUCUCCGACUGCGACUGCUGCAACUGCGUCUGGUUUCACAUGUGUGCCUGGGUCUGCCUGCUGUCUGACGCAUUCACAGAUCUUUGUAUCAGUGUGUCUGUGCUGUGGUUUGCUGUUCUCGUACACUGGAUACAAAGAUCACUGGAUACAUGUUUCUAUUAUUUCUUCUUUAGUGUGUUUUUGCUUUGUGGCUGCUUGCUUGCAUUUAUGCCAUGAAAGAUGUUUUUGAUUCCCUUUGAGAGUGAGUCUGCAUGUUUAUAUUUUUAAACUGCAUGUUUUAACAGUUAUCCAAUCUGCAAUGACAAUGUAUAGGGAGUUAAAUACACACAGAUUCUGUUGUUUGUAGUAUCACAUUACAAAUCAGCACAUAAACAAAAAAUCAGAUUUAAGGGCGUUAUUCAAUUCAACUAAGAAAGCCGAGUUGAAUUGAAUAACACCGUUAAAUUUGACUUUUUUCAUAGACUGUAUAUACUAUGGACAACUUGGUUCCGCCUUCUGCCAGUAUACUGAUUUAAAGCCAAAAAGUUCUCGGUAAUUUCACGUUUUUUUCUUCACUUCCUGAAACCAAAAUUGUGCAUUCUACGCAUUCGGCAGGAGAGUCGCUAUGAUGACGCUCGGCUCAAAUAGCGUGUCCCCCGGGUGAGCUACGCAAUCUUCGUACACCCAUAGGCUGUAUCAGGUGUCAGUCAUAGAAAAGAUAAACCCCCUGAUAACUUUUAAAAACAGAGCUGUACAGAUAAAAGAGGACUUGAGCACAAAACAGUCGUACAGUAACUACAUGUCAACAUCACAAGCAGAGGGGAGAAAAAUUUUUAUUCUGUGCAAUAAAUUUCUUAAGUUUGUCCACAGCUCCAUAGGGAUUGCUGGAGAAGGCAGGAUUUAUGACCUAUACUGCAGCCCGUCAACAGAGGGUGCUGUUCUCGUUUCUUCACCCAGCGUCCAUUCUAUAUACAGUCUAUGAUUAUUUUUAUUAUUAGAUGUAAAUGUUUCCCAAAUACAACAAAAUUUAACACAGGAGGUUUGUAACCUUCCUGGUUCAGAGGUAGUUUGAAAUAUAUGUCAGUGGUCAUAUAUUCAGUGCUGUUUCUUUGAUAGUUUAAACAGUAGAAGCCACUCCACAUUGGGAACCUCUGUGUGCAGUAAUAUCUACUGUCUGUUUAGUGUAGUUUUACUCUACACUGGGGUCCCAGUUGUGGUUGUUUCCAUAAUGUUGCAUGGUAAGAUCACACAAUUCAAACAAUCACACCAAGGAUUGAAGUACGAAAAAAAAACACCAAUCAGAUUGUAACAUUUUAACAAGUGUAAAUGAAAACUGCCCUUGUAGUAAUAGUGUAAAUACUGUAAAGGACUAAACAGUGUCUGUGUUUUGAUCUGUCUAAAGUAAAUGUGAAACUUGGUGUGAUUUCUCCAAAUGCUUUCGCUUUUUUCAGAAGUUUUAGUUGACUAUAUUGUAUUUUAUGUCCCUCUGUGUCCUUUGUUGAAAUAUCUUUAAGUGCACACUAUCACUCUUCCAGACAUACACACACAAACACACACUUCUUUGUGCAUCUUUGUGGUGUUGGCUGUUUGUUGUAGCUUGUGUAGGAAGUCUUUGUGUUUAGAGCUGAGGCCUCCUACUGCCAUGAGCACGCUUCCCCUGCUCAUUCCAUCCACCCAUCUGCCCACCCUUCUCACCCUCUUCCUCUCUAACUCCAACAACUCUCGCACCUUGUCCAAGUAACACCUUCCAGCAGCCCCUCUCUUUCCUACUGAUUUUUCCGGUUCCCACCUUCCUGCUCUCCCUCCAAAACCCACCCGCCCCGCCCUGCCUAGCUUGAUCUACCAGACACUAAAGGAAACGAUCAGCCUAGUGGCCUGCAUGAAUAGAGCUGCUGUGCUCCAGGUCUACACGCGCUCAGUAAGUGAGGUGCUGUAGUAGGUAGGGUCUGGACUGAACCCCCAGUCCUGCAGUGUGUCAGUUCAGUCGGGUCUCUUUCUGUCCAAAGAACCCUGCUUCCAUAACUGAAUCUCUCGCUCCCUCUCUUUGUCAAACCACUCUUGGCUUCCCCCUACUUAUGCUCCACACUAAGACCCGUCCUCCCUUCCUCUUCUGCCCGGCUGAUUUUCUGCCUGUCUGACUGCAUGUCUGCCACUCCCAGGCUUGGCAGCAGAUGCACAUGAAUCUUGUUUUUAAAGAAGGUGCAUCCUGCAUUAGCUGUGUCAGGCUGCAGAGCAGCUGCUGUCACAGGCUCUUUUGUAGUCUCCCAGGUUGUUUGACAGUCAACAUUGUGAUCUCCUCUGAGUCCUCUGUAUUGUUCUUUUUGAUUUGAUCUUUAUGUUCUGGUUCUAAUGUCUUUUUUUGUUUUGUUUUUUACUUUUGUCCUACGUGCGCUCUCGUCUGCUGCCUUCAAUGUCUCCUACACUUGUUUCGUCAUCCCCUUUCUUCCACCUUUACCUCCCCCUCUCUGCAGUCUAGCUCCCAGGUAAGUUAUGUCUCUACCCCCAGUGCUGCGUCCAUCUCUACCUCUGUCCAGCCUAACUCUGGUGCUUUAACCUGUGUGUUAUCACAGCAAUGUCAUGUGAACAUGAGCCAAUCAGUUCAUCUCUGAUGUUCAUGUCCGUUGCUGUCCAGGUGAUGCCAUGAUUGGUACCAUUUUGAAACAGGAUUAGUUCAAAAUGCCCAUGAUUGUCCAUGCUCUACUUGUACUAUUCGAGUUUUUUGGAUGUGUGGAUAUAUAUAAAUCUAGUAUCCGAAAAACAUGUUUACUAACUGUAUUUUCAAUGCUGUCGCCCCACAAAUCUUUUUUGAAGAGAAAAACUGUUUUCAUUUUGGGAUUCAGACCAGCUGGCACAGAAACACUCCUAAGGUUUUGUGAUUUUACAGACAAGGAGGCAAAGACCAGACGAAGAAGGGUCAAAACAUCAAACUGGGACCACAAGGAGACAAAAAGGGUUUGGGCCAAGACCCUCGUAAGGACGGCACAAUGGAUGGUGGUCACCACUUAAAGGUGUGUCUUCUUUCUCAGCUUCUCUCUCUAGCAAACUAUAAAAACUGAAGUCCCUUCUUCUCUUGCAGAGUUUAGGACUUUGUUUCAGAUUGUACGUGUUUAAAAUGGUUUCUAUUGUCAUGUAAAUUACAUCUACGUCUGCUUGUUUAGAGCUUUAUUUUUGUUGGCAGCACCCACAUUGUACCGCUCUAUAUUUGAAAGAUAUGUCCGUAGUCCAUACGUCACGUGUCUCAUUCAUACUUUUCCCUUGUGAUCUUUGUGAUUCAUCAGUUGGAGGAGCUGAUGAACACCCUGGAGAGGACGAGGCAGGAGCUGGAUUCCACCAAGCAGCGUCUCUCCUCCACUCAGCAGUCUCUGCAGGAGAGAGACACCCACCUCACCAACAUGAGACAAGAGCGCAGGAAACAGCUGGAAGAGAUCCUGGAGAUGAAGUAGGUGUCAUGACGACAUUUUCACCUCUGCCUAAAACAAAACAGCUCAUGAUCGAACUUCUUAUCAUGUAUUAGCACGUCCUUUUUUUUGUUUUUUGUAUGAAAAUACGGUCAAAUUCUCGCUUACCAAUUUAUGAUAAGUGAUAAAACAUAAUCCAGGGUAUCCGGGGGGGUCUUGAAAAGUCUUAAAACAUCCAAACUCCAAUUACUUGAAUUCUAAAACACAAUUUUGAAAAGUCUUAAAAAUGUAUUAACUCUACUUGCAAAUAAAUAACGUGCCAUUGGAAUAAAGAUUGAUUUGAAGUAACGUAAAUGUUCUGAUUUCCCUUCAUGUCUUUUGUACUUUUUGUCAGUAUGGCUGUAAAAUGGGUCUUAAAUUGUUUUCAUUACAGCCUUUAAAAAGUCUUAAAUUUGACUUGUCGGAACCUACAGAGACCCUGAACUUGACAAACCCUCCAAGAUGUCCCCUAUUGGUGGCCUUAAGUUUUACAUCUUUAUUUGUGCUUUGAACGCAGAAAAGCCAUCAGGAAAAUAUCGACUGAAACAAUAAAUCAACUGAGAAGUACCUAGUAAUUUACCCAUUGAGGUUUUUCAAUUGAACAACUGCAGACGCCUUUAUUCAAGAACUGCAUUUUCCCCCUUAAGACUGAUGGAAAAAAUGACUGUUUAAGGAACUUUGAGCUUCAAACCACAUUAGUUUCACAUUUAAGAUUAGACGCUACAACUCUUUCUUAUACAGUCUUUGUUCUGAAUACAUGUGGGAUUAAAUAGGUAAUAGGUAAAGGAAAUCUAAAUUAAUAGUUUUGUAUUUCCUUCGUUUCAUCAACUCUGGGGACAAAAAAUAUACUAUCAAAAGAGUUUAUUUCCCAAAUACCCAAUUUGCACUCUUAAUCCCAUAUGAAGAAUAAAGCAUGACACCGCAUCUGAGCCUGAAGUCUUUGCAGAGAACUCAGCAUUUUUAUAUUCUUGUAUUUUUAUCAACAUCUUGUCCCUAAAACUCAAUCCAAUCUGUAAGUAGUUUAACUUGCACUGAUGCAGUCUAGUUUAGUGUAUUUUUUUCAUCUUCAAGUGGUCUGCUGAAGUGCUUACCUAUACACUGCUUUUUAUGCUAUUUCAAAAACAAAAGUGCUGAUUGUCCUUUUUUUUCUCUUAGGCAACAGGCUCUGCUGGCAGCCAUCAGUGAGAAAGACGCUAAUAUUGCUCUGCUGGAACUUUCUGCCUCCAAUAAAAAGAAGACCCAGGAGGAAGUGUUGGCCCUCAAGAGGGAGCGGGACAAACUGAUGCACCAGCUCAAACAACACGUUAGUACUGCAGCACAAUGUUAAAGAAUAUGCAGUCCUUACUGUAGCUGGUUGCCAAGGCAACAUUAAUCGAAAUGACAGAUAUAGCUGCAGAAGGCACCUAGCCAUUUUUUCCAUUUCAUCAACAGAGAGUGGUGCUCAUACAUGCUCACUGGUCCCCUGUGCUGCUCCAGAUUUGGCGCUUUUCCCAAUGUUAGCAUCUCAUUUUGCAGUAUGACUCAGAGCCUCUUUUAUGUCUCUUUGGGCUUGUCGAGGCUCAAGCAGUCCUGCACAGCGACAAAUCAAAUGACAGGCACUCAUUAGCAGAUUAGUCAAAGUUGGGUUGCACACUUUCAUUAGGAAAUUGUAAAGGAAUAGCUAAGUCUUUUCGGGCCAUUAAUUAACGUUUCACAUCAGGACAGAUAUUUCCUAUCUGUGUUCUGUUUACUGGCACAGCUGAAGUCAAAUCCAUUCAAAGUCGUAUGUGGAGUAUUCAUUUUCUCAUCAGGUGAAAACCUUGGUCUUUUAUCUGCUCUGAAGUCCAAGGUUGUGUCAGGUUUUUAAGGAGUCUAGUCUUAAGGGAGCAGAAUAACACAGCCUGGAAAUUUAAAUCAGAGCCCAUGUCUUUAAACUCUCAUCCUUAUCUCUGGUGUCAGUUGUAUAUCAAUAGGUUCAGAUGGGGACAAUGUGGCAGAAGUGCCCAGUUUGACAUAUUUAAAAAGAAAGGGGAGAUUAGAGUUAGAAAUGGUUUAUAAUAAUAAAGUCGCUACCCCAGCUAAAGUCAACAUUGUGUUUUUGCAGUUGACUUGUUUACCUUUUUAAACCAAAUAAGCGGGCUAAUGUUCAUCUGUUACUUGACUUUGGGGCGAUAUCCUAUCAUGCUAAUGUUUACCUUGAUCAUUAAGAGAAAUGUUUGGUUUAACAUUUGAUUGUGCUGAAAAUCUGCAGAUUACAAUCUUUUACAAAUCUUGAAACCAGAGAAAUAUCAUAGUUAAAUCAACUUUAGUUAGGUAAUAGACGGGAUAAUGCCUCAGAGGUAAAAUAUAAAUAGUAGAAGUGGGAAUCACCAGUGGCCCCACGAUACAAUAUUAUCACGAUACGAUACUUUUGUGAUUUUUAACAUUUUGCAACACAGUGAGUAUUGCAAUACAAUUAAAUGCGAUUUAUAUAAUUUUUUCAUCUGUUUAGUGAAUGUAGCAUUUGUCUUUCCUUUAUGUUUGUCUUAUUUACGCUGUUUUUUAUUUUCAUGUCGCACAUCUUGCAAACCUUAUAUAUAUAUUUGUUACACUAACUUUCUCCUGCUCUAUCAUGUCACCUCUGCCAACCUCACUGGACAAACACUUGAUUUUAUUUUUCCAUUAUGAUGGAUUUGACUUCAUAUUAGCAAUUAAUUUGAAAAAUUAAUACUUGGCAAAUGAGACGAUACAAUAUAUCACCAGACAAAAUAUCGAGAUACUAUGCUGUAUCGAUUUUUUUCUCCCACCCCUAGUAAAUAGAAUCCAUUCAGGGUGAAUUAAGCCUCAAGUGGUCUACCCCCCCCCCUUUGGUAGAGAGUAGACCAACAACCAGAUCACCAUGUAUUAUCCCUAACUUGAUAGAUAUAAAUAAUCACAGAAAUAUUACAUCUGUUUUAUAUUUUUCUGUCUUUGUGUUUGGCUACAGGAGUCAAAAGAGCCCAGAAAAAUCCCUGCUGUUAAGGUGCUAAUGCAAAGUUAAGCUGCUUUGUCUGGCGGUCGUUCUCAAACUCUAAAGGACAGUUCAUGAGUUGUUGUUUUUUUGUUGUUGUUGUUCCAUAAAAUAUGAAACAUUCAAAUGUCCAUUUUCUUUAACAAAUUCACAAUGGCUUUAAUGGGGGGUGCUAGAUUAGCUCAGUUGGGAGGGCUCCAUGUACAAAGGCCAUAAUCCUUAAUGCUCUUGAGUCAAAGACUGGUUCUGACAGUAUUUGGUGCAUGUCUUACCAUACUCUUUCCCCACAUUUCCUGUCCCUCUUAAGCUGUCCUGUCUCAAGAAGGCAAAAAAGCCCAGAAAUUAUCUAAAACAAAUACCUACAGCAGAGAUAUCUGCAAACACUUUCUAAAGUCUUCAAAAGAAGCAGAUUUAUCCUGACGUGAUUCUCAUUCUGAGGCAAUGAUACUUCUUUUGACAGCAGCAUAUCAUCCUGUUUCUUCUCCCUACAGACACAGAGCAGAAUGAAGCUGAUCGCUGAUAACUAUGAAGAUGAGCAAUAUCACCCACAUGCUCCACAUCACCCACAGGCUCAACCCCCACACGCCCAGCCUCAGCCCCAACCCCAGUACCCCCAUGCCCCCCAUCCUCCCCACGCCCAGCAGACCCCUUACCCACACACCAUGCAUCCACAACACCCGCAGCACCAACAACACCCGCAGGCCCCCCCACAGCACCCGCACCCACAGCAGCCACAACCCCAAUACCCCCAUCCAGGUCACCCACAACACCCACAGCAACACCCUCAGCACCCUCAACCGCCUCCUCAGCAUCAACAGCACCCACGCCCCCCACAGCCCCAACACCCUCACCAACAGCACCCACAGCACCCACAUGGACAUCCUCCACAGCAGCACCCGCACCCACAGCACCCACACGGGCCUCCACAACAAGGACCUCACCCCCAACACCCUCAUCCUCAGCAUCCACAACACCCUCAACACCCUCAGCAUCCACAGCACCCGCACCACGCCCAGCAUCCACGUCACCCAUCGCCCCAUCAUCGUGGAGGUCCAGCCCGAGGACCCCCACAUGCUGGUCACCGCCCAAACCAGGACCAGGUAAGAAUUCUCCUGUGUCGAUCAAAAUUCCCAAAAAUUCACCAAUCACUCAAUCAUCAUUAAAAGCUGCUUGUUGCUGGAGAAAUGUUCAUCAUCGCUCAUUAACAACAGCUGAGGAAGAUUCGUUCCUGAAUGUUUUGAAACCAUAACACUGCAUUUAACAGAUUUGCCUACAGGUGGGGGUUUCUCUGUGUAACACUUCUCUGACAGGAUCAAAGACAUGUAGUCUUGACUGCGCUUUUGUAUCCUGAAUUAGUCCUUUUGGUUGGAUCAUUUUUAAGCAAUCUAUCUCCUGCCAAAAAACACAAAAACUAACGGCUGGGCAUUUUGAAAGCACGAGGGAUUGCAUAUUGUUUUACCAUGAUCAAGGACAUUAGCCAACUUUCAUGUCAGCAGCAGUCAUGGUUACAGAUUAGCUCACUUCCUUUUUAUUUCUGUUUCAGCCUUAUCAUUACAAGGUAUCUGAUGUUAAAUAAUAAACAGUGGAAAAUGGAGGGGAGUAGGUUUGAUUUUGACAUUGUUGGGGUUACAAAAUUGUUCUCCUGAAAGUUUGUUUUUUUGCAUUUGCAAUCAUAAUUUUGCGUCAUGUCGAGCAUGUGCACACGCAAGCACGCAAACCGACACAAACACAAAUGUAAAUGUGAACGACACCACUGAUAUUAAAAUCCGUUUAAGCAGAUGUGACCCAGGCACAAUAUACCAAACAUGUUGACAACUUAUGCUGCGUUUGAGGUACUUCGGAAGUCAGAAGUCCGAGCUGAAAAUGACGAAUAUAAGGCGAGCAUUAAAAUAAGUUUCAUUGAUGUAGCCAUCUUGUUUCAGACCUUUUGCUUUUUUUCAACUUGGAAACGGAAAUGCUGGUGUAACGUCAAACCUAACCCUAACCCAAACCCUAACCCUAGCCACAAGCCUAACCCUAACCCUAACACUAACCCUAACCCUAGCCCCAAGCGUAACCCUAACCCUACUCAGACCCUAACCCUAACCUAACCCCUAAUCCUAGCCUAACCCUUACCCUAGCCACAAGCCUAACCCUAACACUAGCCCUAACCCUAACCCUACUCAAACCCUAGCCCAACCCUAACCCUAACCCUAGCCAAUCCCUAACCCAAGCCCAACUCUAACCCUAGCACUAACCCUAGCCACAACCCUAACCCUAACCCUAGCCAAACCCUAACCCAAGCCCAACUCUAACCCCAACCCUAACCCCAGCCACAAACCUAACCCUAGCCAAACCCUAUCCGUAACCCUAACCCUAGCCCUAACCCUAGCCAAACCCUAACCCUAGCCCUAACCCAACCCUAACCCUAACCCUAUCCAUAACCCUUACCCCAAACCUAACCCUAGACUCAACCCUAACCCUAACCCCCUAACCCUAACCAGACAUACAAUGACAUUUCACAACCAUUAGGAAGAACCAUUCGGAGCCCAGCACUUCUAGCCAAUCAUCUCUAGCACUUCUAGCACUUCUUGCCUCCCGUCCGGUCCAACUAGCAGGUAACUUUUACAGGCAGACGUAGUGAGAGCGGGGACAGCUAAUCAAGUAUACUUAAGCAAGAAACCGGCAGCCAAUCAAAGAGCGGUAUUAAGGUUAGAGGCGGGUCUUCUAGCAGAGACUGACUCUUAACCCUUUGUGUGCCAUAAUCAUUGAUUAAACACUACGGACAGCGGUUGUAUUGAUAGGGACGACACUGUAGCAGCUGAUUAUUGGUAGGGACGUGUCCCUAGCGUCCCUACCCAAUUCUACACCCUUGGGAAAAUGAGUUAAUUAACACAUUUUGGGGCAACUUUGGUGUCUUUUUAGGGUGCUGUUGAGAGCCAAGGAAACUAUUUUUAUAUGCACUGAUACAAAUCCUUACAGUUCUGUAUCAACUAUCACACUGAUACAUUUUGGUUUCUUGAAAUUAAAACUCAAGAAACUGUUCUUACAUCCGUUUUUUCUUCUUGUUCUCCCUUCAUGCAUAUCUCUGUGAGCAUCAGGAUGACGACGAGGGCAUUUGGGCAUAAUCCUAACUGUGACAACCAAAGCUCUGAUGUUGUUUUGAGGGGUAAGAAGGCGUUGGAGUUGAUAUGAUUUAGUUUCCUUUCUCCCCGCAGUGCCUGAUACAUUUCAUGACCAACUUGUCAUAUCCCUCACCCUUAGAUGAUUCAGUCACUACUGGAGGAGCACAGCCAAAUCAUGUUGAAACACCACCCAAUCAUUUCUUACCCCAAACCGAUCGACACUCAGCUGCUGGACUUUUUUUUCUGGGGGAGAGGAGGGGGCACUCAGGUGUGCAGGUCAUGCGGGGACACUGACAGCUGUGCAGGUAAUUCCUCACACAGUAUAAUCGCACCCAAAUUACAUAUAAUUUUUCUAUUCAUUUUCUGCUCAAGGUGACCCUGGACCUCUUCUUUGUUUAUGAUCUAGCAGAUGUCAUCAACUCGUUCUGCACAGAUCACAGAGGACUGAACCAGAAGUAAAGGGACAGACAGAUGUGCGCUGUCAGACUCCUGCUCAGACAGUCACGUGACCAACAUGGCAGCCCAGCAUCGGAGGUCUCACAGAGGCUUCCUCAGCUGUCUGUCACUGGUCCUGUGCUGCACCUCCUCAGGCCUACAAUGCCCUCUUCAUCCUCCCAGCAGAGAGCUCACGAUUGCCAUCACUCUUCAUUCUGCUUCCAUUGACCGAUUGGAGAUCUCAGUGUUCUGGGUGUCUGCUUCACUUGGUUCUGGUUCGCUCCCUCAGCUGACUCUGACAUGGUUUAUCAAUCCUCACUGCCCUGCUGACCCACCUGGUGACAUCUGACCCCUCUACCUGGCUGUCAUAACCCCACAGCGUGCAGAGUCUCUUUAUGUUUCAGUCAUCAUGUUACCCUUGGUGGUACACAGCGACAUCUAAUAUAACCUUUAUGCCUAUCCCCACCGUCUACCAUCCCAGUGGUCAUGUUCAGCAUCUUUACAAGUGGUGUUCUCUUACAUGCCACAAAAUCGGAGUAUAGCAUGUUCCACACACCCCAGAUUUGAGCGAAUUUUGUUGUCAUACCUUGUUGGCAAAAAGAAAGAGCUUAGAGUUUACAAACAGUCCACCUUUGGCCACGCCUGCAGCAUCAGGGCUUCCCUGACUGCAUAAGCAGGGCCCUCGACUUUAUAGGCGUGUUUUGGCCUUAAGGCUGUGGCUGCCAUUGGUGUUUCUUCAUGUUACCUCAUUUCAAUCAGAAGUAGUCAAAAAAUAACAAUCUAUGCAGGUGUUAACGUAGAGUGAAUGCGUUUUUAUUUUCCCCAUUCUGACUGAAAUUUGUCAAUCAAAGUGUAAUUAACCGUCCAAUCAAAGCGGCCAAGAGAGCGGUCAGAAAAUAGUCAUCGGUCAGAUUCUUUUGAGGUUCUGAGACUAUGCACCUAUGCACCUCCUCCACAUUGCAGGAAUUUUUACUAAUGGUGCUUCUGCUGGUGCUCAAACUAAACGGUGUCGGAAGACCUGGUCAAAAGCGUCUUUUGGUCCUUUUACAGUCGAGGGACUUGAUUCCAAAAAAAAAUAAAAAAUAAAACUGUAAAAGACAGCUUUGUACAUAAGAUUUAAUCUUGGAGUCCACUACUACUAUAAAUACAAAUAUAGACUCUUAAGUGGAGGAGAAGUUCAAUAGAUGUUUUCCCUGCUGGUCUAUUUGUACCAUUGACAGCCCAGUCUCUGACCUGUAGUUCACUCCUGUUCCCCCUUCCCUGUAAUCCUCCUCUUCCAGCAGUAAUCUGUGUGACCUUCUCCAAAACAUAGUGACUUGUUUUCUCCUUCUCAACAAGGUGGCCUGUGCCUCAUUAAAAAAACUGUACACAUAUAUGAUAGAUAUGCAUAUAUUAUACAUAUAGAAAGAAAUCUAUAGAGUGUGUCUAUAUGUGGUCAGAAAAUCGUUUCAAACUGACAAAGAUAAUAUAUCUAGGUAUUUUCCUCAUGGUUAUUUUUCUAACUGGCUGGAGGUCAGAGAGAUGUCUUAUUUAGCACGUCAUUGAGUGGUGUGGUUUUCCUCUGAUUUGUACUUACUUGUUACAACAAGUAACAUUCCCUGUCUGAAAACACAGGACAGCCCAGAAGGAGAGAAAAAAAAACAGAGUUUUAGAGCAGUUUAUGGUAAAUACAGAAGUUUAUUCAAAUCUAUGUAUAAGGCUGGAAAAGCUGACAUUAUUACAUUCCUUUCUUAAUGUGAAACAUUCAGUUGAAAACCAUUUCCUUGUGGUUACAACUUUGAAUUACACAAAAAAAUGACUCGUCUUGAAGUUUUGCAGCUCACAUAAGUAGCAAUGAGAUUAUGUCCGUGGACAGAAAAACUUGCACUUGUGAGUGAGACUAUCACUAUAACAUCCAAGUGGAGGUUUGAGUGACUCUGUCGGGAUGCAUUUCUUUCACCUGUUUGUCGUUGUUGUCGUCUUGUGAACAGAAGUGGUGACAAAUGUGACUGUGACAGCUGAUUAAGUAGAAAAAAACAACACACAUUCUUACAGUGUAGUGGAAAAUUAAAUUAGACUGUUACUCUCCCCACUUCCUCUCCCUCCCCCUUAUGGUUCCUGUGUGUCUCCCAUAUAUGGCCAAAUGUUGAUUGUUAGAUAUAAAUGUCUCCCAUCAUCCACACGUCAUCUUUUCAUAUGUCUGCUCCAAACAUGGCCCUCUACAGCUCCUGUCACUGACCAAGAAUGGGCGUAUUGUGUGGUGUUUGUGUUUACAAAUGUUACAAGAAAGACCCUGAUUUUAUUUUUUUUUUCUUUUGAGAGAAAAAAAAAAGGGAAGACAAUGCAAACAGACAGAGGAGCAAAAAAAUCCUCUCACUUCACCAUCAGGGGGGGGGCGGAGUGCGAAUCCUCCAUUUUCAGGUCCUUAUCUACUGAAUACUUGAAGUAGGGGGUUCUCCUACCAUGAAACACCAUAUAUAAUUUACAUGGUAGAAAACAUGACAUUUUAACUGUGCCCAUGCAUGCUGAUUUUUACAUAAUGUGCCAACUGAGAGUGGUGAUGUAAGGAUAAUCUCCUGUUCUCUAUGCAGAGCGAUUUCUCAACUGUUGUGUCAAAAAGGUUUAGGAGACAGAGGCUUAUAGAGGCUGAGGCUGGUUCUCUGAGCUCAGACUUAAGACUAAUCCUGGUUGUGAAUGACUGACACCGCGCUUAGUGUGAGGUGGAGUCAAGAAGUCGAGUCUGCAUCUGUGCCUGGAAGCAGCUACGUUAUAAAGACUUUGUGAUAAAAGGCCUGUAGAGUCAGCAGUAAUUCAAAAAGCCUUUGAGAACGAAUACGACAAGCCUAGCAUACAUUUUCACUUUAUUAUUAUUGUUCUUAUUCAGGUUCUCUUUCUUUUAUUGUACGUUGCUAAAACUUUUGAUCAAACAAAUCACUGUGACCAAUGCCAGAAAACGUUUUGUUUGACAGAACAAAUCUUGUUUACUUUUUUUAUGAUUUAUUUUUAUUUACGUUAGCUUUAUUUUUUCUAUUGUUUCCGCUUAUUGAAAAUGCCAGUUUGAGACUGUACUGUUUGUAUAAGUAAAUGUUUUGAGCUGUACAGUAAAACCCUAGGAUCAAUUUAAUGUGAGUGUCCAGCAUGCUGAAUGACUACCUGUGUGAACGUGAGCUAAUCUCCCAUAAUGCAUCAUUCCUCACUCAUUAAUUGCAUCUGCAUCGUGCAUUGUGACGGUGUGAUGUUGUGUUUGAGAGUGAUGUGUGUCUCACUUACUGUGUCCCAUUAGUAGACAGCCUGUGCAGUUUUGUGAGAGUGCAGCAUGUUUCUUGGGGUUGCUCGUGUAAAUGUAUUCAGAAAAGAGUGACAUGCGAAUGAGAGUGUGCGAAUGCGGGUGCGCGCGUGUGUGCACAACUGCCUUUAUGGGUGUGUUUGUCAGUAUGUGUGUGUACCUGUGAGUGUCAUGAAUGCACAAGAGAAAAAUCUAUUCAAAAAACUUUAUCAGAAGAAGUCCCUAGUGAAAAAAAAGCGAGACUGAGUCCAAGUUUUGAAUGAAGCAUGGAUACUCUGUGAUGUUUCUUGUUUUUUUAAACAUAGGAGGCUGUCCUCAGUGCCCCUGUUUGCUAUUGUAUGUGCUGUAUCAGAAUAUUACUAUUGAGUGUUGGCCAGCUUGUUUAUAUCCAUCAAAUAAAGGUGACUUUCUUUCUGUCUCUGUUUGUCAUUUCUGUUUCCACCUGAAAUCAGUUGAUCCUAAUCGUUAAAUCUGGUCUGUACUUUUAAAUAUAUAAUUCUGCUCAUCUUUAACUUUCAUGACUGCAGUCAACUCGUAUCUGAUAUUAACUCAGUAUAACCAGGUCCUUCACUGUGCACUGCAGAAAAUAUUUGGUUAUCAGGACACUUUGUGAAGAACUGGUUUAAUGUGUUUACUUUGUAACUUAAAGG